GAGAAGCGCGACGCGUGUGUUGCUGGGCGUCCAACGGGUCCCUCCCUCUCGCUCCCCUCCCGCGCAGAAAGAGUUAAAAGGAGCAGCUGAGAGGUUUUUUGGGGGGUGACGUCGUCUUGCUUCUGGCCGUCUGAGGAGUCUCUUGAAGGUAGUUCCCCCUUCUGAUGAUGAGGGGAGCCGAGCCGAGGUCUGAAAUCUGAGAGCCUUCACAGAAGCACCACUUACAGAGGUCCCAGCAAAAGCUGCUCGCCUGCCUGCCUCCCUUGCCUUGCCUUUCCCUGAGCAGCAGCCACCCGCUUGCCCUGGGCGGCCUGACUCUGAGCAGCAUGGAGAGAGCACCCUGGACCCACCUGGGACUCGCAGUCCUCUUGCAGCUCCUGUUCAUUUCCUGCUUGCCAAGAGGUACUGUAAGUAGGCGACUCGCUUUCUAGGCAUGCUUAACAGGACGGGUCUCUGCGGGGCCCCCGCCCCUUCUAGAAAGACCGGUGCAUUUUUGGUCUCCCACCGUGUGGUGGGAUUAAUCCUGUAACCUUCUGGGACGAGUUUCCUGGGAAUUUGGAGGAAAACAAUAGGAUCUGACUGAGCCACACUGCUGGAAAUCUACUUCUUGCUAGGUUUCCCUGAAAUAGUAGAAAAGAAAAACACCACCCCUUUUUCUUUUAGCAAAGUGUAAUUUGUUUAGCUUGCCAAAAGGCAGAUUUUCCUUUUCAGCCUGACUCCGAAGAAAGGAGGGGAAGACAAGCAAAACAAAAGCCAGAUUUGAGUUCCGACCUGUGCUUUACUUUUGCCAGUACUGUUCAACUUUUUUUUUUUUUUACUUCAAAGGGAAAAUAGUGUGGAAGUUAAAAGGGGCUAUUUUAUUUUAUUGCAUGAUUGUCGUUCGCCUGUUGGCCUGCCAAGCUGGCAUGCAUAGUGCCAAAAUAGUUCUUCUUUCAAUAUAUGUUUGCCGGAACUGUCUCCAAAGCGCGCUGCUUUCAUGCCACCUUGUUUUGCCAUGGACGCCCAGGCACCUCUCACAUUCCUUUUGUUGCUCCCAGAGUCCUUUGCAGUCCCUCGCAGGUUACCCUUCUGAGCAAUGGGUGGGAGGCCAGAUCAACUUUUUAAUAACUAAUGGGCAACAGGAAACUCUGGAAUCUGAAAGGAGGAAAUCUGCAACGUCCCUUGGACAGUAUGUUGACAUAAAAAGGCACGUUGUGGCAUUCUGUGGGACCCUUAGGCUUUUGGAGUAAGCAGUGGCCUUUUGAAAUAAGGAACAUAAGCAUCCAUUCUCCGGGUUAGGAAGCCUGCCGAUUGCUGCCUCAUUAAAGAAAAGAAUGAUGGUAAAAUCACAUGUACCAAGUAAACAUUGCAGCAUUCCAAACACCGAAGCUCAUAGUGUGUAUAAAUAACUCCAUAUGUAAAGUUAUGCAUCAGGUCUUGCGCUCCACUUGAAUGCAUUUAAAGUCAAAUGAAAUGGAUUUCCUGGGCAAUUCCCCAGGGCCAGCAGAUUCUGCUUUGGGGCCUUUCAGAAGUCUAGAAGCUCUGGUUGUGGUAAGCAUACAAGAGAAUUCAGGUAGUCUCUGUAUUUGCCUCCAGAAAGUAGUUGAGCAGCUCCCUCUUAAGGGCUUAGUUACGCUGCAGUUUAUUACUGCCCAAGCAGUGCUGAAGCAAUCCAAUAAUAGCACAAGUGUAGCUGUCCGGUUACACAGUUGAUUUAAGGAACAAUAAAGUAUUCCCCUCCCACCUCCCCAGUGCUGUGUGCUAUGAACCAGGAAGAAAGUAAGGUUGUGAGAAUACACAGUGAGUUUUUUGUGCAGACAAAGGCGAUGAUGAUGGAGACUGGGGAAUGGGGGGCAAGGGAGAAAUAGACCAAUACCUUACUAGGACAGGUCUGUUCUUGGGACUUCCUGCUCUGCUAUUAGGUCUACUGUUCUUUUAGCAGGGACAUUUGCCCUCCUCAAAGCAGUUUAAAAACGCAGCUUCUGGGAGUAUUUAAUACCAGCUCCCAGAUGUUUUCAAUGUAGAUACUGCAAUUCAGGCUACAUCAACAGCACUCUGGCACUGUGAACAUGGAACAUAGAUAAGCCCUAACUUUUUCCACCUCAGCGAUGAAAGCAAAGAUCCCUGGAUAAGAACAGUCUUGUGGGAUACCCCUGCAUUUAAUUUCCUCAGAUAGUAAUCCGCAUUCCUUCCAUAGGAUAAGCUUCGUCUGUUGGGUUAAUUUCCUAUUGCCAAAGCUGCCCUGCAGCCUAACAGUGACAGACUCUCUAGCAGAGUCAGCAAUUAGUUUUACCUGCUGAGUCACUUUAUAAUGCAUGAUAGUCAAUGUUUCCUCUGAUAUUCAGCUGUGGCUUCCUUGCCUUUACCCUCUUUUAAUUUUUUUGCUCCCCGAUUCUACCUAAUUGCUGUACAGUAAACACUGCAGGAUAGUGAUGGAUAGGUGUGGAGAAACAGAAAAAGGGCCUCAACCUGUAAGGGCAUUCCUGUUUUCAUUUCUCUCCCCUCUACAUGUGUAUGUCUGAGGGCAGAGCUGUAGCUACAGGGGGCGGGGGCAGGGGGCUAGCCAGGUUUCUUGCUCCAGGUGAAACCUCCAGAGGGGCGCCAUUGAGGUUCCCAGUCUGUAUGUGUGUGUGUAUGCAAAUGUGCAUGGGUGUGUGUGCCAAACUGAGCCUGACCCAGGUUAAAUAAAGUCCAGUUUCAGCCCUGUUGAGGGAUGGGCCAGGGGCAGGAGAAUGCUGCAAUGCUGGUCUUUGUCUCCAUCUUUGUCACAAACUAUGUAACAGUCAUUCCCUCUCACCUGGACCCCAUAGUUUUGUAAGGAAUGGGAAGGAAUCUAUUCCAGCACACUUGCUCUCACCAAUCUAUAAUUCUCAGAAUUCUUUAGGACAGGAGUGAAGAAUCUCGGGGCCAGGGACCAAAUGUCGCCCUCCAAGCUUCCACAUCUGGCCCUAGUGACUCUCCCCCCACCACACCCUCUCUCUAGGCCACACCUGUCACCACUGAAGAACGAUUCUCAGCCCAGGGGCCUCAUUCUCUUCUGGGGGGCCACACAGUGGUGGGCGGGGCCAGAGGCAAAAGCGAGCAGAGCAACAGCUGUGAGUUUUACCUUUGCACCAUAGGCUACACAUUCCGUUCCCCAUCCAGACAAACAAGAGCCAUUACCGCAGAUCAAUGGCAUUUCACCCAGGCAAAAACACUACAAAGGAUGCAAAGCAGGGCCAGUUUAAAGGUAAAGGGACCCCUGACCAUUAGGUCCAGUCGUGACCGACUCUGGGGUUGCGGCGCUCAUCUUGCUUUAUUGGCCAAGGGAGCCGGCAUACAGCUUCCAGGUUAUGAGGCCAGCAUGACUAAGCCGCUUCUGGCAGACCAGAGCAGUGCAUGGAAACGCCAUUUACCUUCCCACCGGAGCGGUACCUAUUUAUCUACUUGCACUUUGAUGUGCUUUUGAACUGCUAGGUUGGCAGGAGCUGGGCCCAAGCAACAGGAGGUCACCCCGUCACAGGGAUUCGAACCGCCAACCUUCUGAUCAGCAAGUCCUAGGCUCUGUGGUUUAACCCACAGCACCACCCGCGUCCCAGAGCCAGUUUAUCCUGGAGAAAAAAGGUGUGGAGACCCCUGAGACGUCCAUCCCACACUUACUUAUGAGAAUACAUAGGACAACUUUGACUUACCUGAGGCAGAGUGGGUGGCAGGGAGACGGCAAAAAACACAGAGGCAGUCCCAUUUUAUCUCCCUAGAGCCAGGAGAGAGAAGAUUGGCAGGUGCAGCAGAAUUCUUUGAUCGAAUCAAAGGCAUCAAAGGGAGUUUGAGGCAAACAUGAUGUAAGCAAGCGGCACUUCUGAAGAGAGUGACUGAUGCUUUUCUGACCCAGGGAGAUUAAAAAAAUUCGAUCUAUGUAGAAUGGGGGGGGGGUGGAGUGGGGAUAGGAUCACAGCUGCAGGCUGUGCCGCUGGCCUGCAUCACCUUAGAUAAAAUGUCUGAAAAGGGCCGCUGCAGAACAGCAGGGGCAGGGAGCACUGUGGGCGACAAGAUUCCUUCAUCUUCCUUCUUCAAAACAUGAUACCUUGCCUUUCAGUGAUAUAGGGUUGACACCUUCUGUGCCAGGGAUGGUGAAGUCAUGGCCCUCCAGACUCCUAUAAGCCCCAGCAAGCAUGGCCGAUGCUCAGGGAUGAUGGGAGGGAUAGCUCAGUUGGUAGAGCACAAGACUCUUAAUCUCAGGAUCGUGGGUUCGAGCCCACAUGAAGCAAAGUGAUUCUUGCAUUGCAGGGGUUUGGAUUAGAUCACCCUCGUGGUCUCUUCCAGCACUACAAUUCUAUGAUUCUAAGACAUGGAAAGCCACAAGCUCCUCAUUUCUGUUCUAUGCUAUUAUUUUACCCAUAUAUAUAGCCUCCCAAAAGGCAAGGUUCCCUUUGGAAUGUAUGUGAUGCUACAUGGCAGGGUGAGAGCCUUGCCUGGGUAUGGUGACAACUAGUUAACAGCACUGAAGGCAGUACAGGUUCACUUUUUAGAAGCAGAUGCAGUCUCAAUAGCAUGUCUGCAUGCAUGCAACAUAAGGACAUAAGAUGAGCCUGCUAGAUCAGGCCAAUGGCCCACCUAGUUCAGCAUGCUGUUCUCACAGUGGCCAAUCAGAUGCCCCUGUGAAGCCUACAAACUGGACAUGAGUGCAGUCACACUCUGCCCACCUGCAACUGGUAUUCAGAAGUGCAGCACCUCUAACAGUGGAGGUGAAACAUAGCUAUUGUAGUUAGCAGCCUUUGCUACCCUUGUCUUCCAUGAGCGUGCAGACUAUUUAAUAUAAGGAAAGUUCCAUCAGAAGUAAACAAAUUCUCUGCAUGUUGAUCACACCCUUAUGUGCUCAGCUUGCUUGGGGAUUCUUGGGAGGUUUGGAAAGAUGAUUCACCAGGAUGCAUUCCAAACAAAUAGUUUUGUACCAUGGGGUCAAGCAUUAUCUGUGUAUGUGCAAUAUUCCUGCCAAUCCUGUCCAUCCCCCCCAUCCCCUGAAAAUGAGUCACACUCACAAAGCAGAACACAAUGGUCAGGUUUUCCAAUGCAGGAAAUGUAUUACAUAAAUUCUUCAUAAGGGCCUGAAUUUGGGGGGAGGGGUCAAAAAUCAGUGAUAUAUGUAUGUAUGUAUAUAUAUAAAUAUAUCAGGUAGAAAAAUAAUGCACCGACGAUUAAGGGAUCACAUUCCACACAUUGGCCACCCACCAAACUCAUGAAAAAUCUCUUGCAAACUGAUUUGCUCAGAGGUCAAAAAGCUGUGUCAUGUGUAAAAAAAAGCAAAACACAAAACCCUGUAACAGUUUAUGUCACAUCUUCUAUCUGCCAAGAAAAACCUUCAUGUUCCCUAUAUGGCCAUAAUUAAAAAAAACCUCCUAUGUUUUUAUUGAAGUCAUAGGAGGGAGCAUAGUGAUGAGAAUAUUUGUGUCUUUUGAAGACUCCAACUGCUCUUACUUAACCAGAAAGCACCAUAAGACUUGGGGGGGGGGGUUGUGUGUGUGUGUGUGUGUGUGUGUGUGUGUGUAUAAUUACAGAGAAGCCUGAGCAACCUCAGGACUGGAAAGCUGUGUCAUUAACUCUUUUUCUCCCUGCCACAGUCCCAGCAAAAACUGCCUCUCCAAAGCUGCUUUUUGCAUUUCAAGGGAAAUUCCCAUAGGUGCCAGGCUUCCCUGUGGUGCUGUUUACAUAACAAAGCUUGUUCACAUUACAGUAAUCAUAUUUGCACAACUAGUUUGGUCCUUAUAAGAACAUAUACAGCAGAGGGCUCCAACAAUCCUUCUAGCACAGCAGCUGAAAAGCACUGAGAUGUAUAUCUAGACACUGGAACACUUGCAUUGUCAGAGCUGUGAGCAUAGCUGUCAACGUUUCCCCUUUUUAAAGGGAAAUUCCCUUAUUCCAAAUAGGAUUCCUCGCAAUAAAAGGGAAAAGUUGACAGCUAUGGCUGUGAGAUACAGUGUUUGUUCAAAGCCACUGGUUCCUAACUUCUUUAAAUUGCUGUAAAAAGCAUUUUGUGAGGGCCUAUUCUAUGGCCACAUGCUCCAUGAGCUUGCAGUUUGGGAUAGAGUUGCAUUGGUGGUUUGGCACAGGGAACAGUGGGUGAAGUCAUUACAUGUGCCCAGACCAUGAUGAGAAAAACAGACACUUUUCUGUCAAAUAAGACUGAUGGAAACAUUACCAAUGGUUCCAGUUCAUUUAUGACAUACUACAUUCACUAACCUAAAUGCUUUGCUCCAUUAGAAGAAACAAACACUCAAAUAGCUAAAAGGGAAAUAUGAGGGUUUGUGGUAAACAUACUAGAACCAGGGAAGAAGUAUUUCACAAAAAAAAUGGCACAUUUGUAUCUUACCAGAGUUACUGUGGUUUAGUGUUACGUCCAAACCAGCAUUAUCUACUGGCUGGCAGAGGUUCUCCCGUGUUUUAGACUGUAUCCAAUGAAGUCAUUGUGUAAGUUUGUUGGCCCCAUCAAAAAAUCUGCUCUGGGGCUUCCCCCAACCCCCUGGAGCAGAUUGAGGGGGUGGCAUGGAUGUCAGGGUGUGCAAGAGGAGGAGAGGGAGGGCUAGACUUUUAGCCAGUGGCUAGACUGGAUCCCACAGACAGAGUGAAAAGGAUCUGCUGUGGGUUUCCAGACAUUAUGGUCCCCUCCAAACUAGUCUUUUGUGUGUGGGGGGGUGCAUUCUACAACAUGCCAUUGAUGCAAUAAUUGUACAAUAGUGGUAAAUUUAUACACAUCAUUCCAUUUUAUUAGUUGUUCUGUGAUACUUCCCUAGUGUUAUAAACAUUAUUGCCGUGAGAGGGCACUCUUAGACUAUGGUGCAAAGAAAGAGGGAUAUGCACACGGAAUAUUUGUGGUAUGAAAUGUUACAGGAUUUUAGUAGGAAACUACAGGAGAUGCGCCAACUGGCAGUGAAGCCGUAUGACCACCCGAAAACAUUUGCAGGUGGAAAUGUUAUUGAAAGCAUGAUCAUGUGUGACCAUCCUGGUGACAUCUUGAGGUUAUUUUUUUUAAAAAUGAUAUUUAUUGAGAAUUUUUUUUAAAUUACACACAAAAAAGAGACAAGACCAAAAAAAAAGAAAAAGAAAAGUAAAACCAUGAUGAAUGCUCAAUAAAUCAUUCAAUAAAUCAUCAAGUUAAAUCAUGAUGAAUGCUCAAUAAAAAAGAGGGAGCUUCUGGAAGGUCUCUGAUAUUCAGAGGCAUAAAACCAGUUCAUAUGUAACAGGAAUUCACAUCACACAGGUCUUAGGAACAUAAGAAGAGCCUGCUAGAUCAGGCCACGGGCCAGUCUAAUCCUGCAUCUUGUCCUCACAAUGAUCAACCAGAUGCCUGUGGGAAACCCACAAGCAAGACAUGAGCACAAAAGCCCGCUCCCCUGCUGUGGUUUCCAGCAACUUUGUAGAUUUGUCUAGGCCCUUCUUUAAAACCAUCUAAGAUAGUGACCAUCACCACAUCUUUUGCUGGUGAAUCCCAUAAGUUGUUUAUCCACUGUGUGAAAAGGUUCCUCUUGCUGGUGCUGAAUCUACUGCCCAUAAACUUCCCUGAGUGGCUGUAGUGUUAAGAGAAAAGAUGUGUGUCUUCCUAUCCACUUUCUCCAUUCUAUGAAUAAUGUUACAAACCUCUAUCCUCUCCUCAAGUCAUCUCUCUCUUUCUCCGUCUCUCUCAACGAAAAAAUCAUAGCUGAGUCUGAUUCAAGCCAGUGAUAUGCAGACAAGGGAGCCUAUCUGUUUAAGAAUGCCUGAGCCUAGCAAUGGGAAAUCGAAUCGCUUCUCUCACACACAUAUUAAGGACAUGGCUAUUUCCUGGCUCACUGAAUUUGCAAAUGUUUAUGUCAGUGCUUAAUGACAUUUCUCCCUUUGUUCCAUCCCAAUAAAUUAGCCAGUCGCUCCUUCUUACCUUACUGGUAUAAUAAGAUUGAGAUUAAUAUUAAGGAAGCUGGCACUUCAUCUAGACUUUUAAUCAUUUUUUUGGAUAAUUAAACCAUGGAGCCGGAAGAAAACAUGCAUUCCUCCCCACCUCCCCUCAGCAAAUACCGUUCCAUGUAGCUGAGAGAAUUAUGCUGAGUAUAAACACAAUAAAUCUGUCAGGGAGUCAUUUCGGUUGUUCUUCUCUUCCAACAAAUGUGUACUUCAUGACGGCUAGCUUCUACCUCGACUGUUGAAGGCAGGAUCCCUCAGGGUGGCAGUUGCCUGGAAUCACAAGUGAGGGCAGAGGGCUAUUGCGUCCAGGUCCUGCUUACAGGCUUCCCUAAAACAUGUGGUCCACCAGAGUUAGAAUAGGAUGCUGGACUAGAUGGGCCUUUGGCAUUAUCCAAUAGGGUUAUUCUUAAUAGCACUAAAUGUUCCAUGUUUCACUGAGGUGUUUUUUGCUAUUGUGCUUAGAACUGGCCAUGGCUUUUUCUUUGGAAUAGAGGGGAACAGGCCUGGGGCCUGCGAUACCAAUUGGGAUUGCAGUCUGGGAAGGGGUUAUUUUCCCUCUUUGUCUUGUUUUCUGGCCAAAUACUGCCCUCCAGAGUGUCUCUUUCCCUCCGAAAGUGCUGUUUGCUGCAAAUAAAAAGAUUUCUGGGAAUGAAUGUGAAACUUGUGUGUUCAGAUAAAAUGAAACAAUUUCCAAUGAAGAAAGGAAGCAUUAUAGCUUGAAGUCAGUUGUGUACUUGAUGACGUUCUGAAACCCUUUGUGGUAUGUUUUUUCCCCUCUGUACUUUCAUCAGAGUUCAAGCUGCCAUGGGAUUUUUCCUCAAUAGAAUUCUGAGGCCAAGACAUCCAGUGCAAAAAAACAAGCUCUGCAUUAUUUCUUUGCUUUGUUUAAAGAGGCUCUGCCUUAGUAGCCCUCUAGUGUUCAUUCAUAAUUGGAAGACUGCAUCCAAACCGAUUCUGUGUCGCAAAGCCUCACCUGGCUCAUAUUUGUGAUCCAAACUAUGAAUAAACCCUCCAAUUAGUUGUUGCAAGCCACAUCACAGGGCUCAGCCUGUCACCCAGAUUUUAUAGCCGUUGUUAAUAAAAAUGGACCCAUCUGACUUAUAAACCAGGAUGGGUCUAAAAUUCCAAUCUAACUUUUAAUAGCCAUUGGUGUAAUAAACAGCCCAUACAUUCUGACUAUCUGUCUCCAUGAAUACCAACAUAUCCUUUGUGUAGAGUUUAUUAAACAGGAUUAUGGAACAGCUGCAUAAUGCUGGCUCAUCCCCUUCCCUGAGCUCAGUGGUGGCCCUGGUGGGGGAAAUGGAGACAUUCUGGGAUCAAAUCAGAAGGUAGAAUGGCUUUUGUAAUUCCAGGACUGUCCCUGGAGAAUAGGUACACUUGGAGGGUAUGCCUUAGGACUGGUAAAUUCUACUGCUACCACAACUACUACUACUACUACUAAUAAUAAUAAUAAUGUAUGAAGAUUCCAUUGGAAUUAGUUAGCUCAUAAAAGCACAAUGAACAUUUGCUUGGAAGUAAGUCCCACUGAACUCAGUGGGGUUUACUUCUAAUUAGACAGGUAUCUGAUUGUAUUUAGGGAAGAGCCCUACCAAGGGCUUUAUUCAGAUGCAGGAGCUUAGUUCCAGCACCUCUCAGAUGGGCACCAUUGCCAUUUUAAGAGAACAAGGGAGAAAUUCAUGGUAAGCUCUGACACCUCUUUUUCUAGAGAAAUAGUGCUCAGUGGUAGAGCAUCUGUUUUGCAUGGGGAAGGUCCCAGAUUCAACCCUCAGCAUUUCGAGGUAAGAUUCCUUGUCUGAAACUAUGGAGAGCUGCUGCCAGUCAGUGUAGAUGAUACUGGCCUAGAUGGACCAGUGGUCCAUUCAGUAUAUAGCAGCUUCCUAUGUUUCUAUUCAUAGUGACUUCAGUGUGCCUAAUUUUGCCAGAAACUUGUAAUUUUUUUCUAAGUCACUUUGUGUGUGGAAGGCGUAAUCCAGAUUGAAGCAGUUUUGUUGCAAUGAACAUAAAACAGGAAAUUUAAGGCCCUGCUGCUGACAAAAAUGAAGGACGGUCUUGUUACAUUCCUUCCUCUAUUCAUCUCUGCAACCUCCUCUUAUCUCCAGGCUCCACAGUAACAGCCCUCAGGUCUGUCUUUUGGUUGAGGGACACCCUGAUAGAAUUGUCAGCUCAUUAAAUUUCAAUUUGCUGGAUGCAGACAGCAUGCCAAUGGAAGGAAGAUGGAAUCUGCAGAAUUACUUUCUUAGCCAACAGUCACAAUUUUUGCAGCUUCAGUCUGGCGUUUCUUAAAGAGGAGUUGGCAGCGUCUGCCAAGAUGAAAACCUUAGGUACUGUUUAAAAAAUAACGGUUAUACAAAUAUUCUGCAGUGCUCAGAUAGGUAGUAGCAACAGUAAUAGCAAUUCUAUUUCAGCUACAGUGCUAAACAGGUAAACCAUUAAAAAGAUGAUAAGGAUGCAACAGCAAAAAUAUAAUUCAGUGUUUAUACAAUUUCCCAGUCUGUCAUCUGACAACAAUAAUGUAUGUCAUAUGAAACAAAUGCAUCGCAUCAGCUAUUUUCUCCAGAAAACACCAUAAGCUGGAAGGAAAUGUGAACCAGAUCCCUCUUCUUACAUACUCCAAGCUGAGUGAACAAUGUUAAAUAAAGCAGAAGUCAGGUGAAGCCUAUGGUUUGCCUCUUAAUAUCUCUAGGAUCCUGUUGAUGGCAUUGUGCAGAAAUGGGGUUGAGGUGCUCUGUUUUCAUCCCUGGAUUCUGUGAUAGUCAAGAUACAUUUUGCUGAGUCUCCUGCAACAAGGAACAGCGGCCAAAUGACAGUCCUUCGAGUCAGGACAUCAAACCAUAGAUCUCCUGCCUGACAUGUUGUUUGGCUGUAAUGGAAUGGAUGACAUUCUUCCAAUAAUGAAUUAUUCCCUCCCACACACCCCUUCCCUUUGCUUUUCUGCAGGGUAUACGGUGAUCAAUGAAGAUUGUCCGGGAGCCGAAUGGAAUAUCAUGUGUCGGGAGUGUUGUGAGUACGAUCAGAUAAAGUGUGUGUGCCCCGGGCGAAAAGAAGUGGUAGGUUACACUAUUCCGUGCUGCAGGAAUGAGGACAACGAGUGUGACUCCUGUCUAAUCCACCCAGGUAUGUUGAUUUAUUGCCCUUAUCUGAACCCCCUCACCUUUUGGGUGUUCUCACCAGAUAUAAAUCUUUAUUCAAUGACCCUGUUUGUAGCUAGGUGGAGCGUGCAGCCUGUUUGGUCUGCCAGACAUUGAUAAUGAAUAGGUUCUCUCUCUCUCUCUCUCUCUCUCUCUCUCUCUCUCUCUCUCUUCAGAGAUGGAUGGGUGCCAAUACAAAUGGUUUACUGAGUUGAUGAAAGUUAAUGCAUUUAGCAUAUUGCCGUUAGUACGUCCCCUUUUCUAAUAAUUUAAACUCACGCUCAGAGUCGAAAGUUUCCAGGAUUUCACCGUGUAUGCCUGGAAGCCCUCCAGAGAGUAAAGUCAUUGUUGGCUUCAGCACCAGAUGAAGAUUUUUCAUUCCUGAGUCUCCCAGGCCUGGCUUGCACAUUGCCUUACUUAAAAAGAUAGGAACAAAGUUGCUGAGCUCAGACUCCGCAAAAGGAAUAAGAAAACAAUAAAGACAAAGGGAUAAGGAAGCAACAGCCAGUAGAAACAAGAGGAUAAUAGUUCUAUUAGGAAUUGAUCCAAAUUGUUUACCCUGGGUCAUUAGUCUACUUGCAACGCCAGAUUUAGGGCAGUGUGGGUGGUUCCCUCGCACAGGGUGCUGAGCUGAGGGGGCACAAAAUAACACCAUUACUAAUACUACAGUACCAAUAAUAAAACCUAUAUUUAUAUGCAGUGCUUUUUUCAGGGGGUACACAUACCCCUAAACAUUUUGUGAAUCUGAGUUUGGCCUCUUUGAGUGACAGUAUUUCAAUAUGAGUAGGAAAAUGAGAAUACCCCUAAACGUAUUUUUUUUUAAAGCACUGUCUAUAUGGGUACCUACUGAGAAGAUCCAUUAAAAAGCAACUGUACCAAAAGAAAUUAUUGCGAAAAUAAGAAAUAUUUGGAGGAGGGCAAAUUUUGUCUUUGCUUAGAGCACCAUAUAACCAAAGUCUGAUCCUGCUACUUGAUAUUAUCCCAAGGAAAUAGUCAAAUUCCCUAGAUAGUGUUUAGUAAAGGAAGUACCAUAUAGGCCAACAGCUUUGCCCAAGUCCUCCGGCUCCUCUAUCUUGAAGCCAAGGAACUAUAAGUAGAUUUAGAUAUACAUUUCCAGCUACAAUCUAACCAGGCUGCCAGUCUUUUAUCACUUGUUCUGGCUGUCCAGAGCAAACACAGUAUGUGACAGCUUGUCUGCUGUAGUGUAUUAUCUCUGCCAUCCACUUUCAUUUGCUCCUUUGUAGCCCAAUGUGCAUGCCCAGCAGUUUCAAUUCAUACUAGGUCUAAUUUUUUUAAGUGUUUUAAAUUUGUGCAGUGCUGUAUUUUUGACAUAAAAGCCAGGUGCGUUUGUGAGAUUCCAACUGUUCUGUGAGACUGAGAUACAGAUUAUGAAUGUUCAAACACAGUGCUAAAUGUUCAGAGAUAUUGGGCAGUAUUCAGUUAAUUCUUGUGCUAGAAUAAAGGGAUUUCCCUCUCCUUUCCCCACAUGCAUCCUGCUGUGUCCCAUAAUCCACACUGAAGGCUUGGGGAUAAGACCAGAACCGGUUUAGGAGGGUUCAGGGGGACACAAACAAAUCACAUAUAUGUGGUUCAGAGCACUUUCCAAACCAAGGUCUGUUCAAUCAGAGCAGAAAUGUUCCUCUGAAUGUCAGAAAAAAACUGAACAUAGCCUUCCACCCACCAGAUGGUUUUUCUCUUCUUUUUAGGCUGUAUGAUUUUUGAAAACUGUAAGUCCUGUCGCAAUGGAUCCUGGGGAGGAACGCUAGACAACUUCUACAUCAAGGGCAUCUACUGCGCAGAAUGCAGAGCAGGCUGGUAUGGAGGAGAUUGCAUGAGUGAGUAUUGUUAAGAGACAUGUUCCCCAACAGGAGAAAGGGUACUGCUUCAAAUAUGGCGGAGGGAAGACUGAAUACAGUGGAAAUCAAGGAGAUGCAUGGCUAGGUCCAAAGAGCUACUUAUCCAGGACAGGAUGCAGACCCUUGCCAUGGCCGACACAGUUCAGAAUAUUGGAUAAGGUGGGAGCCAUGAAUGGGUGAUGCAACGAUUUAGUUGAAUCCCACCUGCAACAAUUCAACAAAUAGUCCAGUUUAGUUAUAUGAAUAUUGCAACAUUUAAGGUCACAGCAAAGCAAGCCAUCAAUAUAAAACAGUUAAUGGCAAAUGCAAUAAACAUUCCAUUGCAACCAUGUGUCAAAAACCAGUAGUCACUGCCUGGCAGUACUUUACUUGUUUGUAUCAUAUUUGCAGGAAAUGACACAAUGUGGAAUAGAGGUUGUGAGGGGUCAAGUUCUUUAAAUAUCUUCAAGGCUAUAGGGGAGACUAGGUAACCUUGCUUUUUGAAAAAGGAUUUCCAGUGUACAAAUUACUGUAGUACCUCAAUCUAUCCAGAAGGUGGUGCUCAGAAGCUCUUCCAUGAAAAAGGCAUUAUUAAUAUAUAAAAAGAGUGAUUCCUUUCCACCCAGGCAUAUUCACUAUUAUGGAUUAAUGGGAAAACUCAUCAUUAAGCUAAAUGUAUGAGGAAACAAAACAUGUCAGUGUUUGUUUUUUUUAAUUUAGAGAAAAGGUGAGUAAGAGGUGACAUGAUAGAAAAGUAUAAUAUUAUGCAUGCAAUGGAGAAAAGUUUUUCUCCCUCCCUCUCGUAACACCAGAACUCAUGGAGUUCUCAUGAAGUUGAAUAUUGGAAGACUCUGGACAAGCAAUAGAAAGCCCUUCUUCACACAGCGCAUAGCUAAACUGUGGGGUUUGCUGCCACAAAAGGCAGUGAUGGCCAUCAACUAUGUGCCAAGCUCAUAAUGCGGCAGCUAGACUGGUGACUGGGAGCGGCCACCGAGACAACAUAACACCAGUCCUGAAAGACCUACAUUGGCUUCCAGUAAAUUUCUGAACACAAUUCAAAGUGUUGGUGCUGACCUUUAAAGCCCUAAACAGCCUCGGUCCAGUAUACCUGAAGGAGCGUCUCCACCCCCAUCGUUCAUCCCGGACACUGAGGUCCAGCGCCAAGGGCCUUCUGGCAGUUCCCUCCCUGCAAGAAGAGAGGUUACAGGGAACCAGACAGAGGGCCUUCUCGGUAGUGGCACCCGCUCUGUGGAACGCCCUCCCAUCAGAUGUCAAGGAAAUAAACUACCAUAUUUUUCGCCCUAUAGGACGCACUUUUCCCCCUCCAAAAAGGAAGGGGAAAUGUGUGUGCGUCCUAUGGGGCGAAUGCAGGCUUUCGCUGAAGCCUGGAGAGCGAGAGGGGUCGGUGCGCACCGACCCUUCUCCCUCUCCAGGCUUCAGGAAGCUCUGCGCAAGCCGCAGGAGCCCUUCCCCGGCUUGCGCAGAGCUGCCUCUUAUCCCGAAGCCCCAGCGCGCUCAGCAGUUGCGCCGGGGCUUCGGGUAGCUCCGCGCAAGCCGUGGGAGGGCUCCCACGGCUUGCGCAAAGCAGCCUGUUCUGGGGGCUGGGGUCGGGGGAAGCUCGGGCUUCCCCUGCCCCAGCCCCGUGCCUGGGGGGGAAAUAAAUUUUUUUUUCUUUAUUUCCCCCCCCAAAAAACUAGGUGCGCCUUAUGGGCCGGUGCGUCCUAUGGGGCGCAAAAUACGGUACCUGACUUUUAGAAGACAUCUGAAGGCAGCCCUGUUUAGGGAAGUUUUUAAUGUUUGGUGUUUUAUCGUGUUUUUAAUAUUCUGUUGGGAGCCGCCCAGAGUGGCUGGGGAAACCCAGCCAGGGGUGUGUGUGUGUGUGUGUAUGUGUGUGUUUCUUCUCCUCCUCCUCCUCCUUCUUCCACCAGUAUUUGUUUGUGAUGUGUGCUUUGCUGCAGUUUUUUAUGAGUUUCACAGCCUGAGUUUCACACCACAUUAAUGGACAUCCUGCUUUUGCGGACAUAGCAGUCUGUGUUGGUUAGUACAGUGGUACCUCGGAUUAAGAACUUAAUUUAUUCUGGAGGUCCGUUCUUAACCUGAAACUGUUCAUAACCUGAAGCUCCACUUUAGCUGCUGCCACCGCACUGCCGCCGCCCGAUUUCUGUUCUCAUCCUGAAGCAAAGUUCUUAACCCGAGAUACUAUUUCUGGGUUAGCGGAGUCUGUAACCUGAAGUGUCUGUAACCCGAGGUACCACUGUAGUGGCUAUGGCUGAAACGGGGACAGGGGGAGAGAGAAGCAGAGUUCUUAGAAAUAUGAGUGAAAUUCAGUGUAGCAAUAUAUGGGGGUAUGUGCACGGGGAACAAGGUCUGCUUGUGCAACAGGACUUUCCCUGCUCCUACCUCUGUGCACCUAUUAUUAUUAUUAUUAUUAUUAUUAUUAUUUCAUUGAAUUUAUAUGCCGCCCUAUACCCACAGGCCUCAGGGCAGGUAAAUCUCUUCUGUGGGUUCCCUCCAACCUCCCAGAACAGAUUUAGGGAUAUUUAGGGAGCAUGGGUGGUUGGGCCUCAGCUCUGGGCCAAUGGUCACAGAUGGGAGUUGUAGUUCUGCUUUGCAGUUUAAUCCCGAGCAUCUGCAGGCAGGGCUGGGAAAGGUUUUCUGUCUGAAACUCCAGAGAGCCAGUGCUAGUCAUUGUAGGCAAGACAGUGUCUACAGCUGGAUCAUCAGUCUGCGUAAGGCAGCAUUUUAUGUUCCUCACAACAGUGUAGAGAGCAUGUCAGAUUCUAAUUAAACAUCAAGAAGAACUUUUUUACGGUAAGGGCUGUUUGAACAGACUCCCUAAGGAGGUUGUGGGCUCUCCUUCCUUGGUGGUUUUUAAGCAGAGGUUGGAUGGCCAUCUGUCAUGGAUGCUUUAGUUGAGAUUCCUGCAUUGCAGGGGGUUAAACUAUAUGAUAUGUGGCGUCCCUUCCAACUCUGAUUCCAUUCUUUAAGUAUGCAUAGGGGCACCCUGAAUGACGCCAGGCAAUAGGCUGGGUGAGACUUGGCUCUGGACCCAUCAAAAGUGGGAGAAAACCAUGGGCAGUGUGAUUGGCUUACAUAUUCUAUGUAAGACUAUACAAAUGAAUCAGAUGCAUAUGGUCUGGUGGAAGAGCAAAGUCCUCGUGGACAUAGUGGAAAAUAAGGCAUAUUUACCUCUUAACAAGAGUUCCCAUAUAGCCGUAGAGGAUAAUACACAUUGAUAGGGUUGUUUUUUUUAAGUCACCUAAGUCAUUUUGAGGCAGUGGACCCCAUAAAUUAUUUAUGGAUUGUGUGAAGUAACAAUACCCACCACCCCUAUUGAUAUCUAUCUGCCCAUGAAUUUUCUCAGGUGACCUUAAAUAAACAUAGAAUGUAAAUUACAAUUAUUGAAAGAAAUAAACGAUCACUCUCUCUCUCUCUCUCUCUCUCUCUCUCUCUCUCUCUCUCUUGCCUCAAGCAAGAAUUUUUGUGUGUCCCAGAAAACAGUUUUCCCUCCUUUUCAGAUGGCACAGUGGUGCUGACAGUCUUCCAAAAUGGAUUCUUUUCUCACUCUUCCCUCCCUCUCCGCUCCUCAGAAGCAAGGAAGUAUUUGCCAGGAUUUGCCAUUGUGGGUGUAAAUUAUUCUUGAGAACUUUCCAGGUCUUUCUCUUCUUCUUCAGGCUUCGGCAAGAGAGAAAAGAUCCCUUUGAGUGGAAAUGGUGGAGCUGGUUGCUCAAUCGUUUGUUGAGAGAGAGGUGGCAGGGCAUUACAAACCUCUCCUGAGAGAGCUUGAGAUGGCGGAGGGAAAUGGAAGAUCCACAUCUCACCACAGCUAUGCUUCAUGCAAAUGUUUGUGGCAAAUAUGAGCCUGUUUCUUUGGGGCCACUCUUUGAAUGGCUCUCUCUUUAGCCUCUGGACCACCUGCUUUGUUGGCCAGUCCUAUUUCCUUGGCAGGAAUUUCUGCAAGUUCAGACCGUAAUGUUCUCCCGAGAAAGGUGCACUCAGUAUUCCCGGCACGCCAACAUCUCUUUGCACCAGUUCUUUCUCGUCAAAAGGCAAGAGCAACAAAGGCAACUCAAAAGCCCCCUUGUAACGAAAGGGGAAUGUUCUCUGAGGUGAUUCAAGGACCUUGUCAAUCCUUCUGAAGAAGGUUUCCUGCAGCUUUGUCUCAGGUUGUUUUGAGGUAGGAGCCAGCAACAGGGCAAGGUUUCCUCUCUCCACUGUGGGAAGCUGCAUUAUCAUGUACGUUGCGGCAGAUCCUGGCAUAUCCCAAUAGCAUCUUAAUGACAGCCAUGGGGGCAAAGUAAUUAAUUCUCCAGCCUUUCACAUCAGGAACCAACAAGCCCUGGUGUGGAACGAAACACUUAUGAUGAACCCCUCCGAGCUUGUUUUCCGUUUCAUCAGAGUGCACUUAAUUGAGGGUAAUUGAGGGUAAACUGACAAAAGGAGAUUUUUUUCUUUUAUUAGAACGGACAAGUCUUAACACUGUAGAGUCUUGCAGGAAAGAGGAAAUAUCAUGCUAUGGCACAUGGCAUGUUGCUGGAUGUGACAAAGCUGCACCAUUCAUGGGCUGAGCUUUUUCAGGCCACUGUUCAUCCCCCCGCACACAUGGGAAAUACAGUGAGCCUGCCUACAACCCUAAAAACUGUGGUUCAUUCAGAUCUCCCUUGCAACAUCUUCUCUGAACACGUAGAGCAUGGGUAGGCAAACUAAGGCCCAGGGGCUGGAUCCGGUCCAAUCGCCUUCUAAAUCUGGCCUGUGGAUGGUCCAGGAAUCAGCGUGUUUUUACAUGAGUAGAAUGUGUUCUUUUAUUUAAAAUGCAUCUCUGAGUUAUUUGUGGGGCCUGCCUAGUGUUUUUACACGAGUAGAAUGUGUGCUUUUAUUUAAAAUGCAUCUCUGGGUUAUUUGUGGGGCAUAGGAAUUCGUUCAUUCCCCCCCCCCCCAAUGUAGUCCAGCCCCCCACAAGGUCUGAGGGACAGUGGACUGGCCCCCUUGCUCAAAAAGUUUGCUGACAUAGAGGGUUUGGAAGUGGGGCCACUGAGUAAAUCCUCUCCUCCCGUUCAUCCAGCGAACACACAGAUGAGAAGUUCUGAACAAAUCUAAUGUGGAUUGAUAGUUUACCUGAGUCUCAACCUAUGGGGGCACACUUGUGAGAUUGUCUUGCCACAUAUCGAAGUCCUAAUACUUGGGUGCAUGCCAAAUGUUUUUCCAGCAACAACAUGGAAGAUGUUGUAGAGGCUAGUAAUAUGGCCAUGCCAAGGCUUUGAUACCUGAUACCUAGACAUAACGUCAAAAUGCCAAUGAAUCCCACUAUUUACCAAUGGGAACAAUCUGCCCAGGAAGCUGAAAUAACCAGGAGCUGUGGAAGAGCACAACUGUAUUCUAUUACAAACCAGUGCUAAAAUAAUAGAUUUAAAUUCUACCUUGGGCAAUCGUUUUUGAUUUCCCAGUGUAGUUUCCUAUAAGUUAGGAGGUGGUGCAGACACUGCUUCUGACCCAUCACAUUGAGCAGAAGGCUCACCAUCUAUAUCUUGUGGCUGUCCAGGUGGACAUAGGAAGCUGCUUUUAACUCAGUCAGCUCAACAAGCCGUAGUUUCAGAUCCUGGUUUGAACACACCUCAGUCUCACAGAUUAGGACAUAUGAGCAUAUGAAGCUGCCUUAUCCUGAGUUGCACCACUGGUCCAUUUAGCUCUGAGCUAUUUCUGAGUCUGUGUUCCCUCACAGAGCCUAAUAUAAAUCUUCUUCUUCUUCUUUCCCUGCCCUUCAGGAUGUGGUCAGGUUCUGCAGGCUUCCAAGGGUCAGAUCUUGUUGGAGAGUUAUCCACUGAAUGCCCGCUGUGAGUGGACUAUUCAUGCUAAACCUGGUUUUGUUGUUGAGUUAAGGUAGGUGAGAGAUGCAUUUCAGCAUACAGAUCCUUCUUUUCAAGUUUAUGUACAUAUUUAAGGUGUGUUCAGCCAUCAGGCUAGUAUUUCAACCCUGGAACCUAGAGGGAUUUCCAGUGGAGUUUUUCUGCUCCCCCAACCAUUAACAUUAAUCAUAAUUAAUGGACUAAAAAUGGCUGUAUUCAGUGCUAUUUUCCUAGAAAAGUAGGUGUUGGAAUGCCUCCCUCAUUCUUUUAUAAUGGCAUGGUGAUUACCUGAGAGGUGCCGGAACUGAAUUCCAGCUAGUUCCGGCUGGAUAAAUAAAACCCUGGCUGUAUUUCUUUUUCUGUGUCAGAAAUUAUGCAGUGAGCAUGCUGUUUGCAUAUGGUGUUAGGUUGUCUUUAAGGAGAUAAGUGAUUCCCUGUGCCUGGCCCCAAGAAAACUUACCUGUGAAGAAGCAAAGAGGGAGGAAGCAACUGUGCGUCCUCUCAGAAUCCUUUUCCCACUGAGGAAUAGACUGGGGAUUCAAGUCUCCGCAUCUCCAGCAGGAAUGUGAUGCUAUAUCACUUGUGUGGGAUGCAUGAGGUCAGGGUCAGGUUGCAUGGAAGAUUGUGUCCACCUUGAUCCUGCUGUUAUGCGUCCCACCAGGAGCACUGGAGUUUAUGAGCAUUCCUGACUGAAUGCUCAAAGCAUCACAAUUUAUCUCGGCCUUUAAAGGGUCCCACACAGGGGCAUGGGGCAGAGUAAGUGGUGUGGGAGUCAUAAAGCCACGGUAAAGGCUUGUAAUAUUGCAGGGUGCCCCCUGACCUCGGCUGACCAGCACUCUGAGCUUUACAAUGUAUUGGAAUGUAUUGGAGCUGUGUUUCCUCUGGGCAGUGACUGACCUUAUACGGUGAAGGGGGCAAUAAAAGCCUUGACCGGAUGAGGUAACGUGAGACACUGGAAAACAGCCAUGCGGCUGGAGAGGACAAAGGAAUAAAGAAGUUUGCAGGAGGAGGAGAGGGAAGUUCGAGAGGAGCUGCUCCUACCAUCAUGAAAAUAUUGCUGGCUCUCUGUGUCAUAAUUUUAUGCUAAACUUCGCCACUUUGUCACGGCUGGCUCCGACAAGUGGUGCCCCGUGUGAGGCAGAAUAAAAGAAUACGUCUGAGGACUAAGAAGAGGCAACUUAAAGAAAACAGUCUGAGGCAGACUGAGGCUUUUAAAAGGAAACCGUGUGAGGUUUAUCGAUCCUAGCAAAGGAUAUCAUCGGCUCACUACGCCCGGCCAGGGUUUCAAGCGCUAAUCAUCUUAAAAAGAUCCCGGUGAGUUCCGAUCCCUUAUUUAUAUAUUGAUUUUAGAAAAAUGGGCAGCUCUUUGUCUGCUCCACAACAGAAAUUUUUAAAAGACUUAAAAUUUCUCCUCUCCUCCAACGAAUUGGAAGUUCCGGAUGGUGAUUUGAUACAGCUCAUUCUGACUAUCAAAGAGCAUUCCCCCUGGUUUCCUGCAGAUGGGACUUGGGAAUUGAAACAUUGGGACAAGAUCGGGAACAUUUUCAUGGGCACCCCAGCAUAAGUGUUCGGAUUCUAAAUGCAUGGUGCAAGGUUCGUUACGCCAUGGACUCUUUAUCACCAAAAAAUAUAUCCAUGGCUGCAUUGCCAACACAACCUUCAGCUUCUUUAAUUCAGCCUGCUGUGUUAGAGACUGUUCCAAUACUUGCUUUGCCAGACCCCAAACCUCCAGACCCCAAACCUCCGGACUACAGUUCCUCACCUGAGGACCCAAUCCUGCAAAAAUACCAUGGUCUGGCUGGCAAUGAUCCUAAUCUUUCAGCGGCAGAACCAGAACCAGAAGCUUUUCAACGUGCAGUCCUUGCCUCUUCCUUAAUUCAGGAUACUAUGGCAUUCCCUGUUAUUGUGCCCCCUGCUGGCGCUCCAGCAGGCACCCAAGCCCAACACCAACCUUUUGACUUUAAGAUUUUGAAAGAGCUGCAACAGUCAGUAAAGGCCAAUGGACUCCAAGCCCCAUAUACGCAGGCGCUUUUAGAAGCCACAUUAGCCCAGCUCUUGGUUCCAGAGGACAUAAAGCUUUUGGCCCAUACAGUGUUGCCCCCAUCAGCUGGUGUUUUGUUUGCCCACGAAUGGGAAACUGCCUGCCGUGCUUAUGCUCCAGCCUUGUUACAACAAGUCAGAGGGAAUAAUCCAAAUGUUACCCUCGCAGACGUCUUAGAUGCCAUGUUGGGGCGUGGUCCCUUCGCUCAAGCUUCAGUGCAAGCCACACUGCUGCAAAUCUUAUUGAGGGACACUGCUCUUGCUGCUAAACAAGCAAUGAGAAAAAUCCCAGAACCCACCAGUAUUCAGUCAAGGUGGGGUUCAAUCAGGCAAGAGGCAAGAGAAUCAUAUUCUUCCUUUAUGGACAGGCUGCUUACAGCAGUGAGUCACCAAAUUGAAAAUCCUGAAGCCAAACAAAUAAUUAUCAAACAAUUGGCCUUUGAAAAUGCCAAUGAGGAUUGUAAACUUGCGUUACGACCAAUAAUACACAAUCCUGCCACAGGCACAGCAGCCAUGCUUCACAUUUGUCAGUCUGUUGGAACAGCCAGCCACAAGGCUUAUCUGCUGGCAGCAGCGCUAAAUGAAAACCAGCCUGUAGCCACCGAUACAACUUGUUUCCAGUGUGGCAAACCAGGAUCACCGAUACCCCCGGGUGGGUAGAACAGUGGCCUCUACCAAAAGAAAAGUCCGCAGCAGCGGCACCAGCUAUCUCUGAACAGCUUAUUUCUGAACAAUUGACUUUUGGCCACAUUGAACCAUCUUCAUCCCACUGGCUCCAGCAGACAGGGAACGGUUUGCUUUUACAUUGCCAGCAUAUAACAAUUCGCAGCCCACCCAGCGAUAUCAGUGGAUUGUCCUGCCUCAAGGCAUGCGGAACUCCCCUACACUUUGUCAACAUUUUGUGGGUGAAGCAUUGAAACCUUUCCGCAUGCGCCACCUAGAGGUGCUGCACACGAGCUGCAUCUGGCAGUGUUUGCCUUCCUCACCAUUUGCCUUGCCAUCCUUUGCUGCACCGUUAUACAAGGAAGAGAAGCAGACGACCAGUCCAGUUGAAACCACCAUAUUUCACCUCAUCGGCUGGCAAGCAGCUGUCGUCAGCUUCCUACUCUGGCUGGCAGUAUCCACGGCUCAGCCACUUUCGAACUAGAAGAACAGCGUUGUUGAAUAAGACUUUUAGGGGAGAAAAUUAUCAUAAGAUAUGGAGGGAUAAUAUUUUUGUACAAGAUAUGAUUAUGUUUGCCAGUUUAUUGCAUGCUUCUAAAUGUUGGGUGUGUAUGCCAGUCAUUCCAGCAAAAUGCUUCAGGGUGUGCCUGUCAAUGGAUCUUUUCAAUUUACUAAUAUUAUAUCCCCUAAGCCUCCAGUACAAUUGACCCUCCAUGAGCCUCCCCCCAUUUAUUUUCAAAUUAAGGAGGGGAAAGAAUCAUGGGGCAUAUAUCCAAACUGUCAAUAUACAUUGAAUUUCACUUUUAAUAGCUCUUGUUCUCUUACAGGAAUAUACAGUGACAAAUCUCAGUGCUAUAGAAGUGACACCAGUGCAUGGCUAUUAAACUAAAAGGAAGCCUACCAUGCAGCUUGGAAUCAGAAUUCUUAUAUUCUUGGCUUCCGGAUUUUAGUGAUCAUUAUAGUAGUUAUUGAUUUUAGUGAUCAUUAUAGUAGUUAUUUGUGUUCUUUUGUGUUGCUGUAUCCAAUGUAUUCGUUCUAUAAUCUCUAUAUGUACUGCAUGGUUCUCCAGUCCGCAGCCCGCUUCCGGUGUCAAAGAGUCGCUUAUCGCGUAUUGACUCUGAUAUAAAGUAAAGAAAGAGGGAAUGUGGGAGUCAUAAAGCCACGGUAAAGGCUUGUAAUAUUGCAGGGUGCCCCCUGACCUCGGCUGACCAGCACUCUGAGCUUUACAAUGUAUUGGAAUGUAUUGGAGCUGUGUUUCCUCUGGGCAGUGACUGACCUUAUACGGUGAAGGGGGCAAUAAAAGCCUUGACCGGAUGAGGUAAUGUGAGACACUGGAAAACAGCCAUGCGGCUGGAGAGGACAAAGGAAUAAAGAAGUUUGCAGGAGGAGGAGAGGGAAGUUCGAGAGGAGCUGCUCCUACCAUCAUGAAAAUAUUGCUGGCUCUCUGUGUCAUAAUUUUAUGCUAAACUUCGCCACUUUGUCACGGCUGGCUCCGACAAAGUGGGAAACCUUACUGCAGCAGUGCAGGGGUUUUCAACUGUAGUGGUGUGAUUGAUGGGGUGCAGCCACCCUCCCAACAUUGGCAUUGCUUGGAUGGGGAUAGGACAGGGCAGUGGCAUAGCGUUGGGGCCACAGGACUGGUUACAAACUCAGCCCACCCAGAGGAGUGUCUGCUUACUUGCCUAAGUCAUGUGGGAAGCCUUUGCCAGUAGCAAAGGCUAUCUUUGAAGGCUAUCUUGUGAAACUGAAGGUGUAAAGGAAGCGCUUUGGUGGGAGGCUUGUUUCUCUCAUUUAGGAGCACAGAAGUAAUUUAGAAAUACAGGCAAAUUUUGGCAUCUGAAUUUGUCAAAAAAAACUCCACCCCUUUUGUGUCCAAGGUUUGCUAUGCUGAGUCUGGAGUUUGACUACAUGUGCCAGUAUGAUUAUGUGGAGAUCCGAGAUGGGGACAGCAUUGAUAGCAGGAUAAUUAAGCGUUUCUGUGGGAAUGACAGGCCUCUCCCAAUCCGAAGCACAGGGCCUUCUCUCCAUGUUCUCUUCCAUUCAGAUGGUUCCAAGAACUUUGAUGGGUUUCAUGCCGUCUUUGAAGAAAUUACAGGUAAGUAGGAUGAAAAAGUAUAAAAUGCAUGCCCAACAGCUACCUGGGUGAAAAGAAAAGUCUUGAGUUAUUGAAGUAAUUGUGUGACUAUAUCCCUUGCAGUGGUUUAGCCACAUGAUUUGGAAGGGGAAAAAAUCCAAUGAGUGUGAAAUAUGGUCCUGUUUCAUUCUACUCGCAAGAUUGCCCCUUGCUGUUCAUGUGACUAAUUUAGGGCUCAUCCACGGUUACCUUUUGCCCUGCUGCUUUCCCUAGGAAAACCCAAUAUUUACUGUUGAAUCAGAGUAAAUGGCAAUUCGGAGCAAAAGAAAAAGCAUGCAGACAUAGACCUGGAAAGCCCAGACCUGUGUCUAGAAAUGUGGAGCAAAAGUAAGUGUGGAUAAGCCCUUUCUGAAUCCUUAGCUCUCCAUAUGUAUGUAGCUGUAGAAUCCUUUGAAAAUUGAUCUCAGGAGUUAGAACCUUACUGCUAUGGGGCCAUAAAACAGUGAAUUAACAAAGGGGGGAUUAGAUGAUUAUGAUUGCCUCUGAGAUUUCUCCCCUCUAUAUAUGGUGCAUAAAGCUAUGCCAGGCUGUUCCAAGUCCCUGCCCUCUUUCCCCCCCCCUUCCAGCUCUAAGGUUUGUGGGUUUGUGGGGAAGGGUAGGUUGGAGGGAAAUUGAGCCUGAGGAAUAGUUACUUGUCAAAGGGUGUGUCCAGAUUUUGUGCAAGGGAUUCAAGCACGUGCCGGAAAUUUAGGUUGGCAGCAUUACAGUGGAACAAAGUGCUCUGUUGCCUUGGCACAACAAAUCCACUUAAAAAUAACAGACUUUCUGCAGUUAGGAAAGUGAUGGGGAAAUGCACUUUAAGGUAUGGAUGAUUAAUGGGGAGACACCAAAAUAUCCCACAAGCAAAUAGGAUAACUACCUCAUAAACCAAUCAAAAAGGAUGCUCAAUAAAGACCAGACAUAGUCUAGCUUCCAUAUAAGCAUUAUGUGAGCAAAUCAGGAUGAAUGUUCAAUAAACAGGUCAUCUUGAAGAGCCCAGAGACUAAGUUCUUGGUAAGGAUCAUAGAACUGUAGAGUUGGAAUGUUGGAUGUUAGAGUUGGAAUGUUGCAUAUGGCUUUCACCAUGGGCAUCUACCUUCCCAAGUCUGACUCUCAGUCCACUGGGGGUUAUCACUUCAGACUGGACAACUUACUUACUGGUUGAUCUUCUGUAUCAUGAUUUCUCUUUUCGUUAUGGCAUGAAGUGCAAAGAGUACCAUCACAGGAGUUGCUAUAAGUAGCACUGUGUUAAUUAAGCAGCCUAUUAAAAAAAAGGAAAAAGGAAAAACAAGAGUCGGCUCUGUGAAAUUGAACUUGGUGUGGGGUAUGUUGCAGCAAGGCCUCCCACACUCAUGGGACUAACGUAUUCCAUACGGGGCAGAAUGAAUGGAUCUUGUUUCCUCCGCUCAGCGGGAGCCUUUUAGUAUUCUGCUGCUGCCAUCUACUUUUCUUUCCGCCCCAUUUUUAGCAGCAAUUAUUUAGAGAUUGGGUGGUUGCUACAGUGGUAAUCUAUGCAGAGUGGGAUAUGGAGGGCUUACAGUUUUUAGAAGGAAGCUUUAUUGUGUGCCUUAUUGUUAGUCUGUCCUGGCCUAAUGUGCAGCUGAAAUGAAAAGCUUUUAAAACGCUCUCUUUUGCAAGGCCGCUGACACUGUUUAUGGGAAAGAAUGUGAUUUGCAUGGGGAGUGAAGAGGCUUGGGGGGGGGGACUGUGGGAUGGAGACCUCUGGCAGCACAAAUUUAACAAGAUAUAGCAGUGUGAAAUCCUUCUCUGGACAAAAACCUCAAGGGGUAGCCGAGAUCGGUGUAACAAGAUGAACAGAGUUUCCUUGGCUGUCCUCCUGUUUAUUGCUAAGAACAGGUUGUAGCACUUAAAGACUGUGCAGUGGCCCAGAAGGGAUCAGGUGAUACCCUUGGCUAGGACCACAAUCCUAAGCAUUCUUACCAGGAGUCCCAUUGAAGUGAAUGGAGCUAACAUAUGAGGGUUCAUGUUUAGGAUCAGGCUGCCUGAGGGUAUUUGCAACUAAGGAAAAUAAAAAGGGGUGGUUUUAUUAAUCAUUGUAGAAACUAUAAAGUAUGCUGUUAUAGAGUUUCAUUUGGGGAGAUUUGUUUUUCAACUUUUGGCACUUCUGUUGCUGGGAACUGCCUGCUUACAUCAGCUUCAUUAAGCCCCUGCUCAGAUCUCUCGCUGCCCAUGUAGAUCUCUUCACUGACAUUUCAUAAUCCUUUGGUCUCUGCAGGGUCUUCUGCUGUAAUUGCAACUCUGUGGGUUGUACAGUUUUCCUUCUCCAUGGCUUCUUUCCUGCCCAUUUAUUUCUAGUCUUCCGAAAUCAUAAUGGGUCAAGUCUUGGCUGUGUCCUAAGUUCCUUGGGGGCCAGGUGGCAAAGGAAGUUCAGGUGAUCUAUAUGAAAACCACAGGGGUGUCUAUUGCGCUUUUUUAGUUCCAGGUUUAGAUUAUUUGCGAAGAUAAGGCCACUCUGCCUAUGCCCUGUCUUUGAGAAAAAUAUUGUUCACCAUGAAGAAUAAGGCUUAGUCAGGUCAGAAGUUCUGGUAAAUGGAAGAACUUUUAAAAUGAUUUUCUUCACAGCACAGGUCUAUAUUACCACUUAAAAACAGGAACAUUCACUGAAAAUACGUUCUCUUACAAAAGUUUUUCACACCGGGAUGGCUGUGCAUAUAAGAGAUGAAAGAGGUGAAGGAAGCUGUUUUAUGGUCCUCCUUAUACUUUUUUCCAGCUUGUUCUUCCUCUCCAUGCCUGAAUGACGGAACCUGCAUCCUAGAUAAAAUUGGUGGCUACAAAUGUGCUUGCCUUGCUGGCUAUACUGGGAACCGCUGUGAAAGCUGUGAGUACAUACAUCCCUAUGCCUGUGAAUGUGAAUGUACAUGCGCUUGAUUUGAAUUAUUGUGUUUUCACUUAAUGCUUAGCAUUGCUAUACAGAAUAUUUUAUUUGUUUGUUUGUUUGUUUGUUUGUUUAAAAUUUAUAUCCUGCUCUUCUUCCCAAAGGAACACAGGCCAGCAGGCUGAUGGAGUCUGAUAACUGGCACACAAUGGCUAAUAAUGAUAAUAACAAUAACAAGCAUAAUGCUUUGGAAGGUGCUGAAGAAAGAAUAGCCUGGUCCACACAUAAAACUAAGCCAUGGUUUACUUAACAAACCUCAAUUUAAGCAUGAGUUGUCCCACAGAUGGCUUGCUUCUCCAAAGUUUGCCUUGUUUUCUAACUGCCCUUGCCUUGUACCUUUGUACUGUGGUGAACAACUGAGAUGGGGUUGCCCAACAAACCAUGCUUAAGCAAGAGUGCUUGAUUAAAACAAACCAGAGUUUGUAAACUGCUGGGCAGGGUUCAUGCAUAAUGCUAAGUUGGGGUGGGGAAGCUUUUCUACCUGGUAGGCCAGUUCCCCACACCCCCGCCACCUGCAGGCCAAUUUGUCAGGCGAGUGGGACCAUCAUUUUGUGCUCUUAUCUGCUUUUCUGCUUUUAGAUGUGACUGUCAUUGCCAGUUCCCCACAGCAGCCAUUUUGUGACUGGGACCUAUGACACCUUCUCAAAAUUCCAGUUGUGCCAACAGGCCAAAAAGGUUGAAACCCUUGAAAUAGGGUAUAGCUAUGUAUUAUUUUAAAUAAUACCAUUCUCUAUAAAGGAGUGCAUUUUUAAUGAAGAACAAGAAUACCUCAUGACUUAUACAAAAGAACAUGGGGGGGAGGGUAAUAUAUUGAUCAUCCUGUUCUAUAAGAUGCUAAAAGACUUGAGGUGUGCCCCCAGCUAUCUAAAUUCUAAAGAUCUUAGAACAGGGGUCAGCAAACUUUUUCAGCAGGGGGCCGGUCCACUGUCCCUCAGACCUUGUGGGGGGCCAGACUACAUUUUUUUUGAGGAGGGGAAUGAACAAAUUCCUAUGCCCCACAGAUAACCCAGAGAUGCAUUUUAAAUAAAAACACACUUUCUACUCAUGUAAAAACACCAGACAGGCCCCACAAAUAACCAAGAGAUACAUUUUAAAUAAAAGGACACAUUCUACUCAUGUAAAAACAUGCUGAUUCUCAGACUGUCCACGGGCUGGAUUUAGAAGGCGAUUGGGCCGGAUCUGGCCCCCGGGCUUUAGUUUGCCUACCCAUGUCUUAGAAUUAUAGCAGUUUUUGUUAAAAUUCACUCCUGGCACACAUUUUUAAAAUUUCCUUCGGUAUUACCAAACAAAGCCUGAACAUUUUUUUCCUGGGUAGUACAUAGGUAAACAGUUCCAACUUUAUUUUGAUACACAGAGGAGAAUCAUGAACCUAAAAUUAUUUCUGUCUGCCUUAAUGCUUUCAAAACUAAGCCAGGAACAUUUUUAUUCCAUGUCUUUGAAAGAAGCGGAUAUACUGUAGCUUUUCUCUAGGCAGAUCCUGCUGAUAUGAGAGACUGUUUCCUGACAGACAAAAAGAAGUGCUUUUGGAAUGAGAAAAUUGAGGGCAGAAUCUUAUAUACUGACGAUCCAUUGGCUGAGGGGCUAUAGGGUUUGCAUGAAGCUCACUGUGCUAGCUGAACUGCUGUCCUGGCAGACAUCCUGACAGAAUGGCCCAGGAUAUGCUGGCGAAAUACUCUGCCAGUGAGAGGACUGAAAUAGGGCACGGACAUGAGGAGGACAGAGGCAACACAGGGGAGGUCAUCCAUAUGUUGGAUAUUAUAUGCCUUCAGUCAAGUAUUACACACCCUAUUGAUGGCACAACCAGCCCCAUAGCUGACCCAGGAAUUUCCCCACCUACGAACUUCAGCUGGGGUGAAGGGCAGUAGGACAAUGACUGCAAGGGAAUCCUUUUGGGAUGCUGUCCCUUCAAGCAAAGUGGUUGAGUUGCAGUAGGUGGAUUGGGUCCUGCUUCACAGGUAUUUGCAUUACCUCAGCAGAUAGGGCUUCAGAAUGCAGAGGACACCUUUACAAUAUCAACCUAAAUGGAAGUGUUCUCCUAGAGAUCAUACAACUGAAAUGGCUUAACUUUGCAUUGUUAAUUUUCCAGUGCUAUCAUCCUGGUCGUGGAUUUGAGGAAUUAGGGAAUUGUCUAUCUUCCCACCACUCUUAGGUGUUAUCUCCAUCCUCUUGUAAUGCAUAUGCAAUAUUGGUUCACCCAGUGCUUUUUUUUCUUAAAAAAUGUUUAGGGGUACUCUCAUUUUGACUCAAGUAAACCCCCAUGUUAUAGUUCAAAUUGGGGAAAAUAAAUACAGUAAAUGGACAAAAGUACAAAGAACAUGCAUUACUCAUAUUGAAAUACUACUCCUCAAUGAGGCCAAACUUUCAUAAGUAAAACACCACACAUCCACAUUCCACACAGCUUCACACAUUAAACGCUCGCUUCUGUCUGAGACUCAGGAAACACCGUGACAGGAAAUGAGGCUGCCAUCAGGGGUAGCAACAGAACUGAUGAUUCACCAUGCUAGAGAAGAAGCUAAACAUUUUCUAAAAUAGUUUCUUCUCCUGUUAGUUUCACAAAAUGUUUAGGGGUAUGCGUCCCUCCAGAAAAAAAGCACUGGGUUCCCCUGAUUCUUCUCUGUGCUUACUAAACUUCUGUCAAAUUAAAUUGCAUGAAUAGUUAGCGUUACGGACGGAUCUCAAUGAAUUCUCCCCACCCCCUUAUUCAAGUGAUGCACAGUCCUUUAUUAAUAGAGCAAAUUGGAUGGGCUAAUUUUCAUCCUAAUUAGCCCACCAGCCUCAAUCCCUAGAUGUAAAAGAAAACUAUUAGACGCUGCAGCUAGAUCUCGUCUGUCUCCAUUAUCAUUAUAGCCAGACAAUGGGCUUUGUAAUUUAUAACUAAAGUGCACUAAACUGGUGCUUAAAGGGCUGCAACAAGAUGGAAAGUUGCUGGCACAGUUGGCUAGUGCAACCGUAUGUGGACUGAGCAGCUGCAAAUUCAAAACAGUUCUAAAUAUAAAUUGGAAGAAGUGGUAAGGGGACUGGUGAAGGGGAGUAUCAGGUGGAUGAGGUCCAAAUUCUUUGCAGUGGGGAAGGAGCUGCAAAUGCACAUUAAAUGUGUGUGUGGACAAGGCCUGUGUUGUUCUGCUCUUUGCUUGAACCCCUGCUGGACAGCCUGAGGAAGGAUAAGAGAAGAGUACAGGACUGUUUGCCAAACUUACCAGUAGGACCCCUCCACCUACAGAUAUAUCAGUUGGACUGUGACUAUUAACACGAACCCCACCUGCCAGGCUCUCAAGCAAAAGUUGACUCCAGAUCUAAGUUAGUCCCAUUGAUUUCAGUGUGUUUAAGUAUGACAAAGGGGACUUCCGGGUUGGCGCCUCCAGGCAAUGGCGGAGUUCCUCCGAUCGGGAGGAAUUUGCUCCGCGGAAAUUAGGGUCUGACCGCCACGGCGAAGGCGGAGACCCACUGAAAUCACAGGCGGGAGAAGCCUGUGAACUUGGGAUUCGGCUGGCACCUUUUGCGCCCCCCUACUCGCGGGGAAACCCUGAUUUGGGGAUCCGGAGCGAAGUGGGGUGAGUGGCGCGGUGCUUCGAAUUGACUGCUUCUUUCACGGAGUGAAGCCGCAUCGCUGUUGCCGGAGAGCGCUGACUUUUUCCUGUGGACAAUUGGAUUCUAAACAACUACCCGUGAGUAGAACGGAAAAUUAGAUUCUUAAAUUCAUUAAUUUGGCAUCGAAACGGGAAGGUUCUAAACAGGAAGUCCGCCUUCCUUUUUUGUAAACAGAUUGAAGCAAAGAAGUUGCAAGUUAAAGCCUUGGAAAGUUUAUUUUUGUAAAGGAUUAAAUCUCCAUCGGUUAAAACUAUUAAACCCCCCUUGGAAGCAGGAGAAGAGGGGGGAAAUUUUGGACCUAGUGAGCCUGCAGGAGAGAGUGAAAAACCAAAUUACCACUGCUCCGAACCUGGAAACGGGCUGCCAGAAAGAGUGACUUUUUUGACGGCUAGCAAUAAGAGAAAUAUAUUGUUUCCAUUGUACUCAUCUGCGUUUAAAAAGUGGGAAAAGAAACUAACUUUAUAGUUUAAAUUGUGUUUGAAAGGAUUGAUACAAGUGGAGACUGUUUCCCUCUAGAGGGAGCUUUUGAAACUGUUACAAGAGUGGAGCUGGGGGUUUUCCAGUCGCAAGAUAAGAACUGUGUGAAAUAGAGAUUGACCUUGGACUUUAAGAAUGUUGACAGAAGGAGCCUUAGUGACUGUAUUAUGUAAGAUAAGUUAUUCGUUGGAACAGCUCCACAAGAAGACGGACGCUAUGAAUACCAAACUUGAGAACUUGGGACAAAAAGUGACUAAUUUGGAACAAAAAGUGACCAUUAAUACAGAAAUUGUUCAGGAUUUGACACAGGAACCUACCUUGACAGGACAAACUGGGGAGAAGACGAAGGAGAAUGUUGGUGUUGUUAAACCUAAAAUAAUACAAGUGGAAGCCCCAGUUUUACAGAGGCAAACUGAGGACUAUAAGUGGAGGCCUUUUAUGAAUGAAUAUAGAAAAAGUCAGAAUUUGAAGAUUGGAGCCCUGCUUGGAUUGAAGAAGGAAGGUUGGAUAGACUCUUUCAAGCAGAGAUUUACUGACCCUUGGGUCCUGAAUCUGGGUGAGGAGGUGAUUGGAGUUGUGGGGGCCUUUGGAUCUGGAGGAGCCUUGAAACAUGAUUUGAGACAUUGUAUGGACACUGGUUUUAGCUGUGGAGAGUUGGUUGGUCUGUCGAGAGGGAAUGGGGGCAUGGUUGGAUCGUUGCCCCCCCAAAACCUGCGCUUCAGCACCCUCAGUAUCAAAGAAUAUGAAUAAAAACUGCAGAAGGGACUUGAAAAAGAUUUAAGAGCCUCGGACAGAAGAUCUCCAGGUUGAUGAACUAUAUGGAAUGGACGGAAAUGACUGGCAGAAUCCGAGACCAGGGAGAAGAGAUGGUGGUAGAAGAUUGGGAAAGUUUAAAGUUUAUAUAUAGAAAUAUUGUAAAUUUAAUGAGUGUUAGAAAAUUGUUGGAAUGAAAUUUUAUGGCUUUAGCAGAAAUGUUAUAAGGAGUUAGGUAUAAUUAAGUAUUUCAGUAUUAAUGGAAAAUAAGGUACAAAAUAUGUUAAGAUAUUCAUAAUGAUAAAAAUAGAGAAAGAUGGAAAGGAAUUGCUGAAACAAGUAAUAGAAGUGGAAUACAAAAAGGGAGGUGAGAGGAGGUCAAUGAAAUAAGGGAAUGAAAGAUAGAGUAAUGAAAUGGUAUGGUAUAUGUUUUUAAAUUGUUGUAUUUUUGCUUUGUUUAGGUUAAUGUGUUAAGGUUGUGUUUUGUAUUGUUUAUUGUAUUGUUUUUCUUUUCUCUCUCUUUUUUUUCUUCUCUGUUCUAUUUUGUCUUUUUCUUUCGCCUAUUUUCUUCCUUUUUCUUUUCUUGUAAGUUUUAAAAGCAAUAAAGAUUAUUUUAAAAAAAUAAUAAUAAUAAGUAUGACAAAGGGUGCAUUCACACAGUCGUUUAUUCCAUUUUCCUGUUUUCCUAACUCUUAAUUAUCUUUUAGAUUUCACUUGACAUAAAAGCCACUUCUGGAAAUACAGUGGAAUAUAGUGCAGGUUUAGCUUUCAUUUCAAAAUUAUUUACAAAUGGAUAUUUUUUUUCUGGAAGUAAAUAACACGGAAAUGAGAGCUACAUUUCUACUAUAUUUUGGUAUUUUUCCGGAAGUGCCUUUUUCUAUCAUUGGGAAAGCAGCUGUGUGUAUGCAGCUGAAGUCUGAAUCCAACCCAAAGUAUUUUCCUAGCAAUUUAACAAACUCCACCCACAGUCGGAUUGGACACUUAGGCUGUAAGUAGCCAAAGUUUUGGAAAACUUUAGCAUAAAUGCUCUCUUCCCCCACCCCGCUGCUUUAUUAACCCCUGUUAUGUAUAUGUGGAAUACAGUCCUAUCCUUGCUCAGCCUCUCUUUGACCAGGCUAGAAAUGGUUUUUCCCCCUCCCCUCCCCCCUUUCAAGUUGUGUACUGUGUUCCUCUCAGGGGGUGCAGAGCAUUCUGGCUCAGUGGGCCUCCCAGGGAAUUGCUGGCCUUCUAAGCGAGGGACUCUGACCCCUUUUUGCUCUGAGACUUCCUGUCACCUUUGUCUGAAACAAAGCCCAGCAAGCUCAAGUCCUUGAGUAAAUGCUGGGAUCUUGUAUUGAAUGGGGAAUUCAUUGCUUAGAUCCAACUUCCAUUUCUUUACGGCUUCCCAGUCUCCCUUGCCAGCCGUUUGACACUUCUCCCGCAUCCUAAUGAAGGGUGCUCCAUUGAGCUAAACUGUGGUGUACUGUGCUAUCACUAGCAGCUCCUCGAUCGUUCCAGCAUCACCCCCUUUUUUCCAGGAUAGGCCUGUGAAAGUGCUCUCUUGGUCAUUCCCCUGUGCUUGACUCCUGCCCACUGCCACUGCUCAGCCACACACAAGGUUUUCAGAAAGACAGUUCUUCAGGGCUUCCUUGUCUUUGCCGACUGACUCAUGUGUUUAAAAGGGACACCCUCUCAGCCUCUGGCAGCAGGAGAAGUAGAAACAGCUGCUCUCUGUAGGGUAUUGAACAUGGUUGUUGUUUCUGGUUUGUUUGUUUUAAAGAGAGAAAAUAAUCUUUACAGAGUCAGUAUUGUGAGACUACUGCUAUGAUGUUGCUGCACUGAUAAAGGGGAGAUGUUCAUGUGAUUACCUGAAAUUACUGAGUGCCAAUAUUGAACAUGCCUUCCUAAUACUGGACAGAGGAAAAUCUUUUUGUUUGUUUGUUUAAAAAAAUGAAUAAGGCUGAAAUCCUAUAUACACCUGGGAACAAGCCCUAUUGAAAGCAAUGGGGUUUACUUCUGAAAAGAUGUAUAUAGGAUUAGACUGCAAGAAUUACCUGAAUGUAAACCUCAAUGGGACUCACCUGAGCAGAAAAGUAUAGGAUUGCGCUGUCAGGGAUUCAGUGUGUGGUAGGGAAUAAAUCACAUGCCAAAUCUGUGAGGAUUAGUGGCAUGCCCCAGUGGUGUAGCGUGGGGGGUGCAGGGGGGGCCAGCCGCACCGGGCGCAACAUCUGGGGGUGCGCGCUCGCACUCGCAGCUCUCUGCCCCUAUAUGGCUCACUGGUUAGGGGGCGCAAAUUACUUGCCUUGCCCCGGGUGCUGACAACCCACGCUACGCCACUGGCAUGCCCUGCCUAAGGCACUUUGAAAUGUUCCAAAAAUAUAUCGCCCUACUGGUCUACAUUUUGCAUACAUUUCACACAGCAUCUCAUUCCCACCAUAUCAACCUUUUCAGAAUGCAAUUGUUCAUUAUAUACUAGUGAAGUUAUCAGACUGAAUUCCCAAGCAAUGCAUAUAGAGGUGCGCUAUCUACAAACAGGGACGCGGGUGGCACUGUGGGUUAAACCACAGAGCCUAGGACUGGCCAAUCAGAAGGUCGGCAGUUCGAAUCCCUGCGACGGGGUGAGCUCCUGUUGCUCAGUCCCUGCUCCUGCCAACCUAGCAGUUUGAAAGCAUGUCAAAGUGCAAGUAGAUAAAUAGGUACCGCUCCAGCAGGAAGGUAAACGGCGUUUCCAUGCGCUGCUCUGGUUCGCCAGAAGCAGCUUAGUCAUGCUGGCCACAUGACCCGGAAGCUGUACGCCCACUCCCUCGGCCAAUAAAGCGAGAUGAGUGCUGCAACUCCAGAGUCGGCCACGACUGGACCUAAUGGUCAGGGGUCCCUCUACCUUUUAUCUACAAACAGGAUUGAGAAGUAGGGAGCAUUAAGUGCAAAUUCAAUACACACCAUCUACCUGCUGACGUCAAUGAAGUGGUAGCUGAGGGGUGCUUGCCCGGCUUUGGGAAGGAGGAAGGAGGACUCCAGGACCCUGUCACACCCCUCACACCUCCUUCCCAAAGCUGGACAAGCCUACCGGGGUCUGAGAAAGCAUCCUCUUUGGCUGCACUGCCCUAAAUCCUCCUCUGUAGUGCCUCCUGUCUGAAACUCUGGAGACCCAUUGUCAGUCAUUGCUGACAAUACUGAGCAUAGGUGCCAGCUCCCUGGGGCCCUGGGUGCCCAAGCACCCACAAAAUUCCCCAUGAAGGGGCCGGGCAUCCACAAAUUUUGGUGCCAGGGCCAUGCACUACAUGGCACCCAUGACCCUGUGCAUCCACAGUCAUGGGGCCAAGCUGGCACUCCUGAUACUGAGCUAGAUUGGCCAGUGGUCUGACUUGACUCAGUACAGUAUAUGACAACUUCCUAUGUCCUGACUGCUGCCCUGAGACCAGUACCUCAAAGACCAAGCAACGUGUAAUGGAGGUCCUACUUAAUCCCUUUCCUUUUGAGCUUCUCAUCCAUGAGCUGAGAACAAGGAUGCGUGGACUCUGAAAAUGACAGCCAAGGUUGCUCCUGAAAUCUUCAGAGUGAAAUAAAAUUUGAUGACCUCUUGGCAUUGCAAAAUGCAGCAUAAGGUAUAUUGCUUAAUAUAUCACGUUGCAAUCUGGGAGAUGAAUUUGUUGAAAAGGAAAGCAGGGCAGAAUUACUGAAACUGUGGCAAAUCAUGCAGGCUGAUGGAAAUGUCAUUAGGCAAACUGUGUGUGUGUGCGCGCGCACGCGUGUGUGUGUGUUGGCGGUCAGGAAGGUUAGGCUCCAAUUCUGUAUUUGGAAUUGCAGAACAAUGCAGAGGGGAAAAUUCAGCUUUCACAGCUCUGCUACUGACUCACCAUGUCACCUUGAAUUAAGGCAUAUGGUGGCUUCCCUCCACAUAUUUGCAUUAUUUCUAUUGUUGCUGUGAUUAUUAAUGAACUUCAGCUGUUGGCUUAAAUAUUAUUGGUAGGAAAAGGUACAUACUUGUAGCAAUUCUGUUGAUGCCCCAACCAAGGAACUGGAUCUGGCCGUGGUUUUUCAGGUUAUGUCCUGAUUGGAUUGUUGUAAGGGGCUCAUGUCUUCAGAAGUGUCUGUUGCUUCCAAACAAAGCAGCCAAACUGCAGUCUGUCUAGUAUGGGGUGUUUCAAUAAUGUCACCUCAGGGUUAUUUCAGCUAGGGAUGUUGCUCUCCUCUCCUAAUCACUCCCCCCACCCUAAAUCCUUUAUACUAAUGACAAAUGCAUUCUGCAAACGUGGAUCGAUGCACAACCAAAAUGACACCACUUGUGCAUCUCAGAGGGUUGAUUUGAUUUUAUACAUGUAUUCCGCUUUCCCAACAGCAGAUGUUGAGCUCAAAGCAGCUUACAAUAACCACAUGAGCUUUAAAACACACACAUAUUGAGGGGACUUCUGGAGGCGGCGCCAUCGGCAAUGGCGGAUUCCCUCUAGUCUCGAGGGAAUAGCUCCUCGGAAAUCGGGUCUUGCCGCUACGGCAAAGCGGGGACCCCAUCGAAAACCACAGGCGGGUGAAGCCUGUGACCGUGGGACUCGGCGGGCACCUUCAGCACGCCCCCAAUUUGCAAGGGAACCCUGCGAGGGGCUCCGGAGCGAAACGGGGGUUUGACGCGGUGCUGAGAGUCGAUUGCUACUUCCGUGGAGUGAAGCCGCGCAGCUGUUGCCGGAGAGCGCUGACCUUUUUUCCUGUGACAAUUCGGCUAUUAAACAACAAUCCGUGAGUAGGUCAAGCUUUAAGAUUGGAAGUUAAAGGACAAAGAAGGUCUAAUUUGGCACCGAAGCGGUAAGGUGUAAACAGGAAGUCCACCUUCCGUUUUGUAUAUAGAUCAAAGCAAAGACUGACUAAGCUAAGACCGGGAGAGGUGCGUUAAAAGAUUCAAGCCCAAACGUCAAAUAAAAAGAACUCCCUCCCUGAAUUGAGAGGGGAGGGAAGAAGGGAAAGUAUUUUCUGCCUGUUAAAAAAUAAAAGAGGAAGGAAAAGAAGGACAAAAAAGGGAUAUAAAACCACCACUCAAUCCUUGGGAACGGAUUGCCAAGACUAAUAGAACUGUCAUUUUGAGAGUCGCACUAUUUACGGACAAUGUAAUUCUUUGACAGCUAACUCUGCAUGUGAGAUACUCUGGACUUGAAACUGUUAUUAACUUUGCUGUAGGGGGACUCUUGAAGAGCUGGGAAGAUACUUUAUUGCAUUAUUACUGACUGUUACUGUGUCCCCCUAGAGGCUCACUGAAAUUGUUACAAUUGGUUGGGGAAUUUUCCACUUUUAACUAGCUAGGGAAUUUUCCACUGCAAAACAAGCUUGAUCGUGGGAGUGACCUUGACUCGUAGAUAAGGUGUUAUGGAGGAAAAGACAACAAGAUCGGGCAAGGUUAGACUCCAACAGACCAGCGCAGCAUUGCAACAGCGCAGAGCAUCUGCAUCUGGCCCUCCUGUACCACAAGGGGAAGACCCGGCACAAGCGGGGGUAAAAGGUAUGACAUUGGAAGAAGGAUUUACUUCAGUUUUAAGUAAAAUUUAUGAAACCUUAGAUAAAUUAAGUAAACAAGUUACUGAAGCGACAAAUAAAAUUGAUCAGAACACUAUAAGCAUUAACAAUUUGGGGCAGAAGGUAAAUUCAAAUACAGAAUCUAUUGAAAAAUUGCUGCAAGAAUCUGCAUUAAAUCAAAAGACAGCUGAGGAAGCAAAAGAAAAAGCAGUGGCUGCGGAGGAAAAGAUAACACCGAUAUGUAAACAGCUUGGAGACCACCAGUCACAGCUUGGGGCCCACCAGUCACUUUUGUCUAUGAUUGAAUUGAAGGAAAAACAGACCAAUCUGAGGAUUAGGGCAGUACCUGAACUUGAGAAAGACAACUUAAGUGAUUUUCUAACACAGGAAUUUGCAGAAUUUUGGAAACUGGAUGAUAAGCAAGAUUUUAAGAUAGUAAAUGCUUUUAGACUUGGAAGAGGAGGGAGAAAGAACAGGGUGAGAGACUGUUUGAUCACCCUUCGAUCAAAAGAGGAGAGAGAUAAAAUAUUGAGCCUGCACUACCAGAAUACUUUGAAAAUACAUGAAUCAAGAGUGGAGAUAUUUAAGGAUAUUCCGAAAUAUCUUUUGGACCUUAGGUCUAACUACGGAGAUUUGGUGGUUUGGAGGUUUAACAGUGGUUUGGAGGUUUAUCAGUGGUUAAGAAGGUGAAAUACUUGGGGAUUAAUAUGACAGCUAAAAAUGGGAACUUAUUCAAAGACAAUUAUGAAAAAUGUUGGUCGGAUGUGAAAAAGGAUUUAGAAAUAUGGUCAAAUCUGAAGCUUUCCUUGUUGGGUCGAAUUGCUGCUAUAAAGAUGAAUGUAUUGCCGAGAAUGCUGUUUUUGUUUCAAUCACUACAAAUUCUAGACAAAAUGGAUUGUUUCAAGAAGUGUCAGAGAGACAUUUCUAGAUUUGUCUGGCAGGGCAAGAAGCCCAGAAUAAAAUUUAAAAUAUUAAUUGAUGCAAAAGAAAGAGGGGGAUUUGCCCUGCCAGAUUUCAAACUUUAUUAUGAAUCAGCAGCUUUCUGCUGGUUGAAGGAUUGGCUGCUUCUUGAGAACACAGACAUUUUGGAUUUAGAAGGAUUUAAUAAUGUUUUUGGAUGGCAUGCAUACUUGUGGUACGACAAGGUCAAAGCACAUAAAGCAUUUAAAAACCAUAUUGUCAGGAAAGCAUUGUUUAAUGUCUGGACAAGAUAUAAAGACUUACUUGAAAACAAAACCCCAAGGUGGUUGUCACUGAUGGAGGCAAAGGCCCUGAAAAAGCUCAAUAUGGAGGCCAAGUGGCCGAAAUAUUGGGAAAUUUUGGAGCAGGAAGGAGACAAAUUGAAACUGCAGAGUUUUGAGAAACUAAAAGAUAAAGUGCAAGACUGGCUUCACUAUUAUCAAAUAAGAGAGGCUUAUAAUUUAGACAAAAAAAUUGGCUUCCAGGUGGAAAAAUCAAAGUUGGAAACAGAACUGUUAGAUCCUAAAACAAAGAUACUUUCAAGAAUGUAUAACUUGCUGUUAAAAUGGAACACUCAGGACGAGACGGUUAAAUCUGCUAUGAUUAAAUGGGCACAGGACGUUGGACAUAACAUCAUGUUUGCUGACUGGGAACAGUUGUGGACCACAGGUAUAAAAUUUACGGCAUGUAAUGCCCUAAAAGAGAAUAUUAUGAAAAUGAUUUAUAGGUGGUACAUGACACCAGUCAAGCUUGCAAAAAUCUAUCAUUUGCCCGAUAAUAAAUGUUGGAAAUGUAAAGAAACUGAAGGUACAUUCUUUCACCUUUGGUGGACGUGCCCAAAGAUCAAGGCGUUCUGGGAGUUGAUCUAUAAUGAAAUGAAAAAGGUAUUUAAAUUUACCUUCCUGAAGAAACCAGAGGCCUUCCUCUUGGGUAUAGUCGGCCAAUUGGUGCCAAAGAAGGAUAGAACUUUUUUAUGUAUGCUACAACAGCAGCAAGAAUACUUAUUGCAAAGUAUUGGAAGACACAAGAUUUACCCACUCUGGAAGAAUGGCAGAUGAAGGUGAUGGACUAUAUGGAAUUGGCGGAAAUGACUGGCAGAAUCCGAGACCAGGGAGAAGAGUCGGUGGAAGAAGAUUGGAAGAAGUUUAAAGACUAUUUGCAGAAAUACUGUAAAAUUAAUGAAUGUUAAAAUGAUGUUGGACUGAAAAUAAGUGGUUUUGGUAAUAAGGUUAAUAAGAAUAUGUAAAUAUUGAUAGUUAUAUGGAUGAAAAUAUAUAGUUAUAAUAGGUUAAGAUACAGAGUAAAGAUAAAUGAAAGAGGGUAAGGAUUUGCUGAAAGGAUUUUGUAAACGGGAAUACAAGAAGGGGAGGUGUGAGGAGGUCAAGGAAAUAAGUAAAUGAGCCUAAAGACAUUGAAAAAUGGACUUUUUCUUCUUUAAAAUAUUUUUUCUUUUUUUCCCUCUCUAUUUUUUUAGCUAUCUGUUUUUUGUAUUUUGUAUCAUCCUUUUUUUUCUUUUUUUCUCCUUUUUAGGUCUCUUUUUUGGUAUUUUUCUUGUUAGCUUUUGUUUUUUUUUCUCUCUGUGUGUAAUUGCUGGUUUAACUUUUUUUUAAAAUUCUUUAAAUCUAUGUUUAUCGUAAAAUUUCAAUAAAUAUUUUAUAAAACACACACACACACACACAUACACAUAUUGCAGUCACUUAUAAUACCAAACACAGUAGCAUUUGAAGCAAACAACAACAACUUCAUCAAAACAAUGAAUACAAUUCAAUAAAGUCAUAAUAACUCAUAGCAUUGCCAGGAUACUUCCUAAUCACAUGCAACCUUACUCCAUAACAACAAAAUAUUGAUUAGCUGUGAUUGGGAGUGAUUGGCAGGCUUGGGGUAAUCCUGAUAUUUGUAGAUGUACCAAAACAAUUACAGCCCAAAACAAAACAGCCCAGUAAUGUCUCAGCCAGGCUAUCCUGAGCUAAGUGGGGAAAGGGCAGGAUACAGAUUUGGUUUAUUGUUAUUUUAUUAUUAUUUAAAGAAAAUACCAUCCUUUAUUCAGCCCCACAAUCUUCCUUUUAAGAGCUAUUUAUUGUGGUGUUCCCUAUGUGCUUACCAAGGGAUACCUUCUGGAACCUGUUCACAAUAUUAAUGAUAGAAGCAUAGAGCGAGAAGGUGAAGUUUGAUGGGGACGUUUAUAGUUUUCAUUCAGCCCAGUCUUAUAUGCAAACGAGUUUAGUUCUAUAAUUAAAUGGGUUAACCAAAUAACCAGAAAGGUUGUAUCCAAAGACACAGAUUUCUAAGGGAUUCGAACAAUGCUGAUAAAGAUCAAGUGGCUAGUUGUAAGCAACAGCCUCCAAAUUGCCUCCGGAUGAAUACAUCCCAGUGGCUGACCCAAGCAUACUUUCACAUAGUUACUGUCUCAUUCACAGACGCAUGGAACUGGAAGACAUUGGGGUGGGUUCCACUUGGCUGGAAGGGCAUGAAAAGAUUUUCAUUGCUGCUGGGAUUACAUCAUUGCUUUAUUCUGGUGAUUCCUGGCUGUUGGGAUAACUGCAGAAAAGGAUGUUUUGCUCAAACCAGAACUCUAAAUCCAUGGAUGAAAAUAUACUGUGAGGCUCGGUGACCACUACAAGAUUCCCUUCCAUGUUGUGUACGAGGCAUGAGUGAGGAAUACUGUCCAAGUGUGCGUGAAGACAGACACUCAAAAGUGUGGUGGAGGUGCCUCAAACACACAUUUGCCACACAUGGAAGCAUUUGUUUUCCAGGUAGCCUUGCCCUAUGCUUGUUCUAGAGCAGGCAUAGGCAAACUCGGCCCUCCAGAUGUUUUGGGACUACAACUCCCAUGAUCCCUAGCUAACAAGACCAGUGUUCAGGGAUGAUGGGAAUUGUAGUCUCAAAACAUCUGGAGGGCCGAGUUUGCCUAUGCCUGCUCUAGAGAGACAGACUAUCCUGAAAUUUCCUGUGAUUGGAAAUUCCUACCUGGGUGUACAGUAUUUAUCCUUUGCUGCAGUCACAGAGUAAUCAGAUCAACUUUCUCGAGAAUCAAGUCUAUGUUUUAAAAGAUCAUAUUAAUAUCUUGAAAAUAUCAGGUGGAUGUAGACCAGAGCGCCCGGUUCCAUCAGACUGGGUGCCGAACCAAGGGGGCGCCACAGAGCAUCACAACUAUGACAUAGUGAAUUAAGUAGAAUGGGAGGCAAGAGGCAGGGGUGCCAAAUUUGGGCCUUGCACAGCGCACCACUGAAAUUUGAAAGACCAAAGUCUGUCCCUAAAAACAUGAAAGCAAUUUUAUUUGCGAUAGACAGGUCACUCUCUGUUUUUAAUCCAAGUCACUUUUCCAUGUGCUCACCCAUUCUGUACAUUCUAUACCAUUUCUGCAUUUCUCUGUGAAUAUUUAUAAGAAAAAAACUUGCAUUAGAAUUCAAAUGCAUGGUUUUAAACACACUUUCUCUCAAAAUACACAUUUGGAAUUGUUUUAUGAUGAAAAUUUUGAGCCGAGAUCAGUGCUACAACAUUUGGAGAAGUGUAAAAUCCCACAGAUAGCUACAUUCCAAUCUGAUAGGCUUGGUUCAGGUCAAUUCACACUGGACUUCACAAAGAUCAGAUUCUUUAUAGCCUCUUGUGGGCCAUAUUUCAGAGGUAUAGGUGGCAAAUGUCAAUAUCUGUGGUCAUACUGAAGACAAAGAAUUAUUAUCUAGCUAUGGGAUAUAUUAUGGAUGAGAUGUGGGUGGAUGAGAUUAACCUAUGUAUUAUUUAGCAAUGAAUAAUGGAGGGGAAAGAGACCAGAAAAAGAAAAGUAGGCUUUAUUUAUGCAGGGAAGUAAUGGAACAUGGGUAAAGAACAGUCGGGAUUUAGAAAGGAUUAAUAGGGGAAUGUUCAGCAGAAGAAGAAAGUGGUUUUAAAUAGGUAAUCCAAUUUUUCCGUAGCAAAUUGAGUAUAGAAGCUAUUUCUAAAUGGCAAAUAAUUCAAAGUUGAGGAAUGUUGCCCAUAAGUAAUUGAGGAAGAAAGGAAUGAAAUUAUUCUCUUGGUUAUUAAUAACCCAGAAUACUUAACUUAAAAAUUCAGAUACUCUGUCUUCAUUUAUUCUAGACUGUCUUUGAGUUCUAGAAAUACCCACAGAAGAUAAAUAUAACAUAGAGUAUUAAAUAUAGUUCAUAUUUUGUAAGAAAAAGGAAUCAAUGAAUACCUGUAGAAAAAAAGGCAAGGAUGGUAUUAAAUCUUAUCACACACUCAUGGAGUUGUACAGUUUUGAAACCCUCACAUUUUCUGCCUUGGCACUCCUCCAUCAAUCAGGAAGAGGGCUUUAUGGACUGACCAAAACAACUCUUUUGGCCCAGUCCCUAACCCUUUGUGAGCACAAAAUGUUCAUGACAUGGGGCCUGAUAGAUACAGCUUGGUUCCACAUGUCUUACUGUGUUCCCUGGGAAGAGGGUUGGGAAUUGUUGAGGACAAUAGGGGUCUCCUAACAACUCCCAGGACCCUUAACAAACUACAGCUCCCAGAAUUCUUUGGGAGAAGUUAUGACUGUUUAAAGUGUUAUCAUAGCACUUUAAAUGUAUAAUGUGAAUGUGGCCUGUGUAGGAUCCACUGCCAAUCAGAGAGGACCCUGGAGGUCUAGAUGGAUAAACGGUCUAAUAGCCUAGGAAAAGGCAUCUUCCUUAUGUUCCUAUGCCAUGUAGUGAAAAUAUAAAAAUUGACAUUGGCCAGAAUGUUCUUCAUUCACAUUAAUAAUGCCUUCAUUUGUACUUAAUGGUGGUUCUGUACGAAGCUGCUGCCUGAACUUCACCUAAUUGGGUUUACUUUUGUUGCCUUUCAUUCUCCUGCAACACUGAAAACUUGUCUUUUAAUCUGUAUUACACAGGAAAUUUCCUACCAGUGCUGAAUAUUUAGAAAUAAUGAAGGACUCUGGUUAGGAAGGUCUUGUAUAGUUAAACGUUCCGCAAACUUUAACUGACUGCACCAGCGACACAGACAUAGCAUCACUUUUAUUGGUUCCUGGGAGUUAUAUGCUAGAAAGCAUUAAAAUAAGUCCCAUUAUUUUAAUGUGGCAGUUAAGCAUGCCCUCAAUAUUUUCCCUUUGGAAUUAAUGGGACCUAAAUGUGCUUGGUAGUGGUUGGAUAGGACCAUCCUUUUGGACAGGAUCAUUUCCAUUCUUUUCUGAAAAAUGAUGAUACAAUGUGUAACUCUUUUGUGGCAUGGGAUAAGAUGUCAGCCAUCCAGGUCACUCUUUCAUUGUUGAGAACCCAACACUUAGAGUUUGGUGGUGCUUCUAAAGGGAUUUGAGUGUGACUUCUCCCAUUUGGAUCAGACCCCAGCAGAAUAUGGUCAUUACAAGUGGAGAUAUGUACUGAAUGUUCCACUAUUCCAUUCUCUCUCUGAAACCUCUUUCCAGCUAGAGCCACAUAGGCAGCUGCAAAGGUUAAAUUGGCCUUGAAGGCGGGAGACACUCUUAAAAGGCAUUUUAAAAAUAUAUCUUAUAAAGGAUCCUGUCCUUGGCUAAAACUCUAUUGAAUGCACAGUGGAAUCUGAAGAGGGGAAAAAUCAAUCAGGUUCAUGUACCCAACAGGCAACCAUUCACACAAUGAAAGAAAACUUUCCUAUAAAACACACAAGGUAGCAGCACUCAUUUCAAAACCAGCUUCAGAGCUUUUCUUGCACAAAGCAGGAAUGAGGCAGAAAAAGGAUCAAGCUGUAGAGAAACUGCAGGAAACACUCUAGAGAAGGAAGGGGCUUACAAUAGGUUACAAGACAGCAUGUGUUUCCCCCAUUUUACUGGGUGAAAAGGUCCUCAAUGCGUUUGCUUUUUCAUCAGGCAGAAUGACAAGGCAGCCAAUAUGAACCUGAAAACUCUGAUGGGAGCAAAGUCAUAAAGCAUACAGGGCUAGUCCAGGAACUUCUGGCAUGUGAUGGCCUUUACGGCUGUUGCUAAUAAACAUAUGAAAUGGCUGGCAUUUGCUGCCCUUUGAUGGUGACCCACCAACUGGGGCAGGUACCUUGUUCCUCUUCACUGGAGCAGUGGCCCUAUGUAGCAUUGUUACAAGUAGGCUUUUUACAUCAAUAUAACAUGGCAACUAAGCCAUAGUUUUUCCAAGGUUUGUCCUAUGGUUGCAGUCAUGGCUAAGGAGAGUCCUUGACCAUGGUUCUGGGUUUGGACAACACACUAAGCCAAAACCAUGGCUUAGCUGCCACACCUCAGUGACUUAAAGAGCCUGGGAUGGAGCAAAAUUUCUGUGAUUUCCUUGGGAGCCAGUGGUAUCACGCUAACCCAUGGUUUUGCUUAGUGUGUCGUGCGAACCUGGUCACAGAUGAGUACAGAAAACCUAAGGGCCUACUGCUGCAAGUACUUGUAUACUCAUGCUUUAAGUCAAGUAACUAAUCGGAUUGCUUAGGUGGUAGUAUUUAAGAUGAAAGAUACGUCAGGAAUUUGGUAGAUUGGAAUGAAGUGUGUGCUUUUUUAUAUAAAAAAGAAUUAUGUACAGCAGUCUCAAUAUUUUGAUUUUUUUUUGUCUCUGUAUCUCUUCCUUCUUAAUAUUUUUAUUACAUUCUAAGUAAAUAAUCAACUUAACACAGCCCUGUUUUUGUAAUAAAGUGGAUUUUUUUGAAAUAUCUGAACUGUCAGUGGUGAUGUGUAGGACUCCAGGUGCUCCUGCUCAUGGUUUUGUGGAAGGAGAUGACUUUAAAUACGGGUCCCAGGUUUACUUCAAAUGCAACGCAGGUUACACAUUGAAAGGCAGCCGUGUUGCCGACUGUCAGCUAGAUGGGAGCUGGUCAAAACAUCAUUCUGAAUGUGGUAAGGAUGCUUUACAUUUUUUAUUAAGUUUCAACCAUUGUUCCAUUAUUAUUUUCCUUUAAGACUAAUUAACAGCAAAGCCAACACGCUAUUUUGAGGUUGACGAAUUAAUAGUGUGACAUUCAUUCACAUGGACCCUCUUAAUAAGAGGCUACCUGUAGAGAAGCCUCAAUGUGCUUGUAGUGACUUCCAGUUAUUACAGCGAGUACGAGUGCCUGCUCCUGGCAGGCUUUUGCCUGUGCUCCUAAAACGUCUUGCUUCACUUGGCAUCGGCUGCUCUUCCUUAAAGGAAGGACUUGCCCUUGGUAGAGAUACAAGGAAACCAUUUUCAAUUUUUUGUAUGUUGUGGCUGAUGCUUUUCUCCUUCCCCACUGAGGGUAAAAUUGGCCUUUGCCUGAAAGAAAAAUGAAAACAUUCCAUCCAACUAUUUCUUUGCUCUUUUUGGCAAGGGAUUCUGGGUAAGGGUAAGGGUAUUGUGAGGUCUCUUCUUCAAGCUUGGGACAAGGCUUAAACAGGACUGGGUCACUGCUGCCACGGACAGCUGUACUCUGGAUGCCAAAGAGACUUUUGUGCUUGUGGCACUUCUUUAAAAGCCUAACAAAUAUACCAGUCCAAAUGUACAGGUGCACAGCCCUUAUUUGCUAACUUGGAAUUUUGAAGUCAGAACUAGCAUGCAUUCCUUGGAAAUGGCUGGAAAACAGCUGAAGUGCCAUUUUGAAUAGUUGGAUACAAAUCCGAGCCGCACAUCUGGCAGGCCAUUUUCGAGAUUCUUACAAUAUUCCAUUUAAGUUUCAUGAUGGAAAACUCAUACACUGGCCAUAUUGUGUGUAGGUGAAUCCCUGUUUCUCCAUGCUCAGCAGGAUAUGCCAUUAUCCUGCCUCCUCUCCAUCAGCCACCACCUUCCUCAAACUCUAGUAAGUCUCCCAUUGCUUUUAAAGCACUUUCCUCCAAGGCCACCAGCAGUUAUGUGGCACAUCCCAAGUUGCCUGUGUGCAAUAAAAAGAGCAAUUUACUUCUUUCCUUUCCAAAUCUCUCUUUAUGAUAAGCUGCAGCCAGUGUAUGCGGCACUGCCUUUGACAUUUCAGGAGUCGCUGAAGCUCUGGGGCUCUGGGCUUGAGUGCCAACCCGGAGAAAUGAGAGCCCCACUGAGAUAGUAAUUGGGGAGCAGAGACAGGUGAUAAUGAACACGCCACAUGCUAAGGCCAGAAAGAGCUCCAGUAUAUUCAUGUGCAUAAAAAACAGGUUUCUUGAUCAGAUGGUGAGCACUCCUCUAAAAAUGGAUGGAUUACUACCCAGUGUCAAUUUUGCAUGAGUGCAUUCACAAGUCUGAUCUGGUUCCACAUUAAUCUGCUAUUAUUAUGGCCAGUCAAGCAGUAAUAAAUCAAACGGCAAUGUUGUUGCAAACUGUGCAGUUUUGUGGAUGAACUGUGGAAAGAGAACUUCUAUCCUUAGUUUUUGCAGUUUGAUUUUUGGUUUACCACUUGCUGGAUGCAACUAUGGAAUGCAAUGGUCCAAUGGAACAACCUUUGCCAACCUGGUGUCCUUUGAAAUGUUUGAACUACAACUCCCAUCAGCCCCAACACAGCUGUGCUGGCUGGGGCUGAUGGGAGUUGGAAGUCUGAAACAUCUGGAGAGCACACCUAGUUUGGCUAAAGCUUGAAGUGACUUCAUUGCAAUGCUCAAUGGAAUUAGAUUUCAUCAGAUCAAACUGUUUAUACCUGUAGUGUUAUUUUGCAGUUGCAAUUACUACUUCUUUAAUGUUCAUAAAAGGAAAGUUAAUAAUAUGCACGGCAGUGUACAAUAAGUGUAUAAACUGUGGAAUGAUCUGAUGGUCAGGAUUAAUACUUUCUGCAUGGAAAAUAAAAUGUAUCCCCUCGCUGUUAGUCACAGAAGAUAGAAACUGCUCUGAUCCUGGUGCUCCACUCAAUGGGUACAAGAAAAUGAUGGACGGUACUGCAUUGAUGAACGGCCGGUAUGCAAAAAUUGGAGCAGUCAUUACAUUCUUUUGCAAUAACUCCUAUGUUCUCAGUGGCAAUGAGCAAAGGACCUGCCAAGAUAAUGGAGAAUGGUCAGGAAAACAGCCAAUUUGCAUUAAAGGUAAUUUACAAUCCCUUUUAUGACAACUAACAAUUUGUUGUUUUUUACAUUGGCUUAGUUUUAUAGCAGAGACAUAAUGAGAUACAAGCUGCUUCAUGGCAAAUAUCAAUACAAGGAUGGAUUGGCACCCAUUGCAGAGGCAGACAGUUUUUGCCAAUCAUCCUCCACUGCUCUCAGUGAAGUUAGAAUCUACUCCAGCAGAUGUGUAUUUCUAGGUUUUUAAAGUGCACAUAUGCACAAGAAAUGACAAAAACUCAUUUUCUGCAAAAUGUUUGCACCAGAACCUAAAGAUGGGGCACUUUUGGUUUGUACUUGAUGGCUUUCAGUGGUAAGUCAUGGGGGGCUACAGGUAAGGAGGUUCCAUGGCUCAGUUAUCUUCUUAUUCUCCGGUGACCCUACCAACAUUUGCUUCCACUGACUGGUAGGGUUAUAGUGUCUUCCAGAUCAACCUUUACCAUUGUCUAGGCAACUGUUGGCAUUUACUGUAUUUGUCUGCCUUCUGGCAUUGACUCUUGUGCCAAAGUUUCACUUGCCUUCCAGACUUCCCUCCAGGUUCAUGCCUCUUGCUUUCCACUCUGCCAUCUCUUUAUCAGUGUGAUCUUCAUUAUAUAUACUUGGAAGGAAGUCAUAUUUAAAUCCCAUUUAUUUCAAUGGGAACUGAAUGUAACUAGGCUGCAAUCCUAUAUGCACUUACCAGGGAGUAAGGUCCAUAGAGCUCAGUGGGAUUUACUUCUCAGGAAGCAUUCAGUAGGGACGCGGCUGGCGCUGUGGGUAAAACAUCAGCGCCUAGGACUUGCCGAUCGUAUGGUCGGCGGUUCGAAUCCCUGCGGCGGGGUUUGCUCCCGUCGUUCGGUCCCAGCUCCUGCCCACCUAGCAGUUCGAAAGCACCCUUAAGUGCAAGUAGAUAAAUAGGUACCACUCUGGCGGGAAGGUAAACGGCGUUUCCGUGUGCUGCUCUGGUGCCGGUUCGCCGGAGCAGCUUCGUCACGCUGGCCACGUGACCCGGAAGUGUCUGCGGACAGCGCUGGCUCCCGGCCUCUAGAGUGAGAUGAGCGCACAACCCUAGAGUCUGUCAAGACUGGCCCGUACAGGCAGGGGUACCUUUAUCUUUACCUUAAGCAUUCAGUGGAUUUCACAAUUAGUCUGGAUCCAAAUGUGUCACUUGGAAUACUACUCGCCCCAAAGUGGAAAGAAGCAAAGGAAAAAUGGAUACAAAAACUUAUGGAAUAUGCAGAAAUGGCAAAACUUACCCGAAGAAUAAGAAAUCAAGAUAACAAACCUUUUAUAAAAUAAUGGAAAUGGUUGAUUGAAUAUUUACAGAUAAGAACACUGGUAGGAUGAUUGCAAUAACCUGCAGUUUCAUAAGAGUAUAUGUAUAUAUUCAAAGUAGAUAACUAAAUGAGUAAAUUAAAUGAAUCUGGAUAUGCAGAAGAUAAUAAAAAAAUAAAUUUAAAGAACCGCAGAAAGAGGGGGAAGGAAGUCAAACUUUGAAAUGUUAAAUUGAUUGUGAAACUAAUGAAAUGUAUAAACUUGAAAAGUAUAAAUAAAAACCAAAGGUGUCAUUUCUAACAUAUAGUUAUCCAAAUAAAGGGAGGUACCUCUGACCUGCCCAAUUGCUAUUGGACUACAGCUCCCAUCAUCCUUGACAAUUAGCCAUGCUGACUGUGGCUGAUGGAAGUUGUAGUCGAGUAACAUCUGGAAGGCCACCAGUUCUCCAUCCCUGAUCUAGAACUCAAGCUAGUUUACAGUAUUUUAACAUGUACAUACAUUUAAAAUGCAUGGCUAAACUUCUCUCUGAAAAUACCGUAUUUUUCCAUGUAUAAGACUAUGCUUUUUCCCAAUUUUUAAAAGUUUGAAAUUGGGGGUCGUCUUAUACACAGAAUGUUUAAAAUAUUUAUUUCUUAAUUUUGGGCUCAAAAAUAGAGCUCGUCUUAUACAUGGAAAAAUAUGGUAGCUGCUUUGAAAAGAAAAUUCAGGUGCCGCUAUUUUGUAUACUGAUUGCCUCUCAUCUUGAGACAUUGCUAUUCGGAAAAGGAAAGGAUGGACAGGUAUAUGAAACAUAACUUUCAAGUUCUGAGCAUGGAAAAGCAUUGUGGAACAUUGUAUUUUUUUCCCCCUAGCUUGCAGAGAGCCAAAGAUCUCUGACUUGGUGAGACAGAAAGUACUCCCUAUGCAGGUUCAGUCAAGGUGAGAUUGCAAUGUCUUAACUACAGUGUUAAUGAGCAAUGUUGAUACCUUUUUCCUAUGUGUCCUAGCUUGUUUGGGCAUCCUACCAAAUGCUUUGCACGAACAACACUGAUGUUCCAGAAAUAAUGGUUGCUAGUUGGAUGGGGGUACCCUGGGUAUAGACAUCCAAACUGAUGAAGUUACCCACAAGACAAUACAUACUAUAGGCAGAGAUGGUCACAGAUGUUGUAUUAGUAAGCACUGUAACUAAUAAUGCAACAGGUGAGACAUCUCAGGACUUUCCUAUGGAUUGCUGAUAGAUCUGUUGCAGCUUUGAUAGUGAAACCUAAGAGAUGAAAUGGUGGGGAGGAUCUUCCGAGAUCCUACUUUUAAUGAUAAAUUGACUGAUUUAUUUUAAAGGUAAGCUCUGGACCAGGCUUCCUCAACCUUGGCCCUCCAGAUAUUUUUGUCCUACAACUCCCAUGAUUCCUAGCUAGCAGGACCAGUGGCCAGGGAUGCUGGGAAUUGUAGUCUCAAAACAUCUGGAGGGCCGAGGUUGAGGAAGCCUGCUCAGGACCAUCUCACAGCUGUAAGCUUAUAAAGGAUCCUCACACACAACUCCCAGCACUUGAAUGUCUGUCCCUACCCCGCCAGUGGGGCAUGACCAUACAUUUUGAGCAGCCAUUUUGGAAUCCAUGGCACUUUCUCAAAAUUCCAAAUGUGCCCACUCACCCAAAAAAGUUGGUGAUCCCUUCUGGACACAUUCCAAAGAAUUUUAGAUCCACUUGCCACAAUCUAGCCCAGUUAAUUAAACCCACUGCACAUCCAGCUCUGAGCUGGAUUCUGAGCAAUGAAAUCUAUUGGCUACAAGAACGCAAUUAAAUCACUUCGGUAGGGUUUAAGCACAUACACAGUUUAUCUGAAUUGUACCAAUUAAACCAGGCAUGGCCAGACUUGGCCCUCCAGCUGUUUUGGGACUACAACUCCUAUCAUCCCUAGCUAACACGACCAGUGGUCAGGGAUGAUGGUAGUCCCAAAACAGCUGGAUGGCCACGUUUGGCUAUGCCUGCAUUAAACAUUUGCUUAUAUGUGCCAUAAAACACUGUGAUGACAGGUUUUGGGUGAUAUUCCUAUGUUCUUUAUGCAUCGAAACAGGGAAACCCCUUUGCAUCGGCUCUAUUCGUCAACAUUUAACAAGCAGAAGCUGGACGUAUACCCAACCAAAAAACCAUUACUACCAUUUGGAGAACUACCUCCAGGGUUCCAGCAUCUUCACACACAGCUUCAGUAUGAUUGCAUUUCUCCUUUCUAUCGUCGUUUGGGAAGCAGCCGGAGAACCUGUCUGAAAACAGGGAAGUGGAGCGGGAGAGCUCCUUCAUGCAUCCCAAGUAAGAAGCCUCUGAAACAUAUAAUACCUUAGAGAAAAACCAAGACAACAGCAGCAAUAAUAAUUUUAUCUCCCUUUUAUGACAGUCUGUGGAAAGGCAGAAAACACCACUGUUCCAAAAACAUCCUCAACCAGAUGGCCGUGGCAAGCAGCCAUCUAUAGGAGGCCCAAUGGGGUGAAGGUUCCCAGUCACAGAAAAGGGGCCUGGAUAUUGAUUUGCAGCGGGGCCCUUCUAAACGAGCGCACAGUCGUGGUGGCAGCCCACUGCGUCACCAAUCUGGGGAAGGUCACGGUUCUCAAAGCAGCAGACAUCAAAGUCGUUCUCGGCAAGUUCUACAGAGAUGAUGAUAGAGACGAAAAGACCAUACAGAACUUGCGGGUGAGUAAGGCUUUGAGGCGCCAUGACACUGUGCAUGUGCAAACAGGUGCAAAGGCCUACAGAAAGGGACUGCUACACAUUCAGGGCUCCGUGUUGAAACAGAGAGACCAUCUGGAGACUGCAAAUGUAAGUACGGUCGUACCUUGGUUCUCGAACGCCUUGGUGUUUUGGCUCCCGAACGCUCAAAACCCAGAAGUGUUCCGGUUUCCAAAUGUUUUUUGGAAGCCAUACGUCCAGCGUGGCUUCCACUUGAGUGCAGGAAGCUCCUGCAGCCAAUGGGAAGCUGCGCCUUGGUUUUCGAACAGUUUCGAACAGUUUCGGGAGUUGAGCGGACUUCCGGAAUGGGUUACGUUUGAGAACCAAGGUAUGACUGUGCUUACAUGGUGGUAGAUCCCACUAAAAUCACAAAAAAUAAAAUAAAAAAUGUUUUAAGUACAUGACUAUGAUUAGCACAUCACUUGUAUUUUUAAAAUAAUAAUGUCUAAAUCAAAUUUACCAACAAAAGCUGUAUGAUUGUGUUACAUUGUGUGUGUGUAAUAAUAUAAUAUAACAUAACAUAAUAUAAUAUAAUAUAAUAUAAUAUAAUAUAAUAUAAUAUAAUGGGAUAUAUUUCUAUUCUACUCUAUAAUCUUUCACAAUGUGAUUAUAUUUCAGUUUCCUCAUUAAAUGUUUGGCAUCUUAGAUGAGAUUGCUUUUUUAAAAAAGUGCCAGCUAAUACCAGUGCUAAUUAGAAAAUAUAUUUAGUAAGGCAGGCAUCCAGUAUACCCUUGGCUGUGUGCAUCAUUUCAUUUGCUGACUGAAUUUUGGAGGAAAAAACAGUGAAAAUAUGAAAGCUUAAAGUUGAACUUGUAAAUUUGUUGUCCCUGGUCAGCUCUGCUGGAAGGUUUAUUCAGCUGUCAUUUGGAUCAAGUAGGUUUACCAACUUGAAGUAUUAUAAGAUAACAUCUCAGGCAAUUUCCUAGCCAGCUAUUUGUUACCAUGAAACCCAUUUGUAGGCAGAGGGCCUAUACAUUGCUAUGAUCACUCUGCUUGUUAGGAUUGCCUGGUAUUGCAAAAUCAUCACCUUCAUUUGCCAACGUUUUAAAGAAAUUUUCUAGUUGGCAUCAAGAACUUUUUUUAAAAGUCUGAAGGCUCUACGCGUUCUCUUCUAGUGACCCAGACCAGACAUUCAGGAGUACUGCACUACAGAGUAUUCCCUCUCCUUCCCCCUGGCCCUGGUCAUUCCAGAUGCAGAAUUUUUGCACUUCCAAUACUAUGAUACCUCCUACCCCUGCCAGUCUCUGAGAAGCACCCCACAGUAUGUUUGCAAAGCAUUCUGCCAUUCAGCUGUGAAAUGUAUGCAGAUCUGUCCAGUGUAAAUGACCUUGCUACAAAAUACUGAAUUCUAGCUACAGAAAUUAGAGUUUACAUGAAAACAUGUGGACCUUCCCCAAAUUAAUUUCCAUUGGUGAAUGAAGUAUUGUUAGAACAAUAGCCAUUUGAUUUCCUAUUCAAUAGUGUAAUCUACCAAAAGAUCUUUCUAAAUAAUGACAAUGAGUCACCAGCAGCAAUGGGACCACCUUACAAUGAUUGAGACACCUCAGAAUUUCCCAGUUGUAUAUAUUAUGUUCCAACACAUUUUUGGGAACUGACUGUUUUAACUGGCUUGGUGCUGCAAUGUUUUUAUCGUAAUCAUCUGUAUGUUGUAACAGAUCACACACAAUGUUCUAUUAAUAUUUAUAUUUUUUAAUGAUAGCUUUUCCCCUGGUUUUUUUUUUUAGCUCUUUCUAUUUUAGCCUCCUUGAGUCCCUUUCAGGGGAAAAGUAUAAUAAUAAUAAUAAUAAUAAUAAUAAUAAUAAUAAUAAAUUUCAAGUAAAUGGUGAACUGAAAAUGAAGCCGUUAUAAUUUGUUGACUAUAUCUGGGCUCUUUCCUAGAUUUCAGCAAUCAUAGUUCACCCUAACUAUGACCCUAUCUUGCUCGACUCUGACAUUGCUCUCAUUAAACUCCUGGACAAAGGGAAAAUCAGCAGCCGUGUCCAACCCAUAUGCCUGGCAUCUAUACGCGAUAUCGAUCCACCCGCGGAUGACUUGCAGAUAAUGAUCACUGGCUGGAAGAUCCUGACAGAUGUUGCCGAUCCUAGCUACAAGAACGACACCCUCCGCAUGGGGACUGUUCAGAUGGUAGACUCCCUGUUGUGUGAGCAGCAGUAUGAGGAAAACGGCAUCCAGGUCAGCGUCACCGAGAGCAUGUUUUGCGCCAAGCAGCACCCCACCGCCUUUUCCAACAUCUGCCCUGCUGAGACUGGAGGCAUUGCAGCUAUAGCUUUGCCAGGAAAAUCAUCUCCGGAGUUAACCUGGCAUCUCAUGGGGUUAGUGAGCUGGGGUUACGAUAAAACAUGCAGCCUAGAACUCUAUGCUGGCUACACCCGAGCCAUCCCUUUCAAAGACUGGAUUGAGAAGAACAUGAAAUGAAACACUCCCCCCACCCUCCCCUCCAUUUUUUGUUUUUUUUAAUGUUAAAUAUAUUCAUUUCUCUCACAGUCUCUGAUACUUUAGAUUUGUCACCCCAUUGAUGGAACACCUGUGGAAUAAAGGUGAAGCAGGGGUCUCAGCAAUUUGAUACAGACUAGCUAUCAAGAGGGAUGCGGGUGGCGCUGUGGGUUAAACCACAGAGCCUAGGAAUUGCCGAUCAGAAGGUCGGUGGUUCGAAUCCCCAUGACGGGGUGAGCUCCUGUUGCUCGGUCCCUGCUUCUGCCAACCUAGCAGUUCGAAAGCACAUCAAAGUGCAAGUAGAUAAAUAGGUGCCGCUCCAGCAGGAAGGUAAAUGGCGUUUCCGUGCGCUGCUCUGGUUCGCCAGAAGCAGCUUAGUCAUGCUGGCCACAUGACACGGAAGCUGUACGCCAGCUCCCUCAGCCAAUAAAGCGAGAUGAGCGCCGCAACCCCAGAGCCGGCCAUGACUGGACCUAAUGGUCAGGGGUCCCUUUACCUUUAUCUAUCAAGCCAGACCACUUCAUCUGUGCCAGAGGCUCUAAACACAGCAGAUGGGUUGGCAUGUCUCAGCUGCCCCCUUUUCUCCUGGUGGGAGUAGGGCGUGCAUGGAUGGUGGGUUGUUGUACCAAAAAACACAAUGACCAGAAGUAGCGGUCUUCAAUCUAUAUUUAACGAUCACCUGAAUGAAACAAUUAGAAUUAUUUUCAUCUGAGUCUGAGACAGAGAUGAGGCUGGAAAGAGAUAAUUGGGAGGUUGGAUGAAUUUGUUAUGGUCACUUAGAAGCUAUCUAUAUUGCCGUAUUUUAUGUUGUAUUAUUUGCCCUCCUGAGUACAUUACACAUUCAAAUAAACAAAGGUUUCUUUUAAACCUGAAAACCAACACUUUACCAUUUAUUCCUCCGAGUCUGAUCGAUCAAAAAUAGUUUUUCUCUCUUUGGACAGGUAGAACCAGAAAAAUGUAGACCACUGAAUCCUAUCAUUUUUCAAAAGUUCUGUCUUGAUGGAUCCCCUUCCUCAUUGACUUGUUUAAUGUGUCUGCAGAUAGAAGAGGGUUCUGGCAUAAGUUCCAGGACCCCAUGUCAGUUCAUGAGGAGGAUUGGCCGUUGUCCCACAAACACUGAGACUGAUCCCUUGAGCACACUUUGAGGUUGCACAUUGCAGGGAGUAGGGGUAGGCAAAGUAUCUUUCAGGCAGGUUUCCCUGCUGGUGCUAAUGUUCUCAGCAGUGAACCCCUGAGAACCUCCAAGCAAGAAUGCAUUUUGAAAACCUUUGAUCUAAUCCACUGAAUUAUGGUCCUCCAUAAUCAGCAUUCUAAGAGCUUGGUCAAUAUCACUGAAAGAAUAAUAUGAGCCAACAAAUACCGGGGUUCUUCUAAAAUAGACUCUUUUUCAGGUAUUUAGUGCCUUACUAGCUCCUGAGGACUAACCCUUGCCUGUGCUUGUACUUGGGCAUCUUAUUUUCAUUGUUGGGUUGACAUUUCCUCUUUCAGUCAUAGAAACUGCUCAUGAACAUCAUUUUGCACUGGUUCUCAGGAGACCCAAGCAGGUUACCCAAUACUAUAAGACUGCGCAAUCCUGGUCAAUAGAAAAGAAAACACAUGUUUGGAAAUCCUAUUUUUAAAGUGUUUCUUAUCUGAACAUGGUCUGAAACUUACACUUGUGAAAGGAAAUUAGUAGUGGGAUUAUCUGAAGAUAUUAGUUUCAGGGUAGCAUAUAAGUCUUUUUAAAGAAUUCAAACACACAAAUAGAUAGAUAAACAAAUAGCAUUCUCUUCAAUUUCCAUAGACAGAAGCAUUUUCAGAAUCAUGACCAUUUUUAGCUUUUAAUUACUUAAUUUCCCCUCAUCAAUUACAUGUUGCUCAUAUUUCAAUUUACUGCACUUUCAAACAGAAAAUUACUCCUGAAAAAUGUUCUUAUUGACAAUUUAAAAAGAACAUAUAUGCUAGGAAUUAACUGCUAGUGAACAUCAGAAGUUCUCUUUUCUAGUUAGAUAUUACAUUUACAUGAUUUUUUAGACGUUUGAAAUUCAUCAGAAUGUGUUUGUGGGUCCUUAGUGGCACAGAAGUGAAGAGCAGCUUGAGAAAGGAAUUUAAUUGUUUGCUAUGGCAUGCCUUUGCUUAUCCAGGAGUCUCCUCCAUUUAUAAAAUAAAGGGGGGGAUAUGUCUUUGUCUCCUUCACAUACUUUUCACCAUAGUGAUUGUAUUGCCUUCAAGCAAGUGACUCCCCAAGAGGAAAAAUUGAGAGACAGAUGACCUUUGCUGUAUAAAUUCAAUAAAUAAUAAUAAUAACGUG